GGAGGCCACGCGCAACCAAGAGAGACGCGCCUGCUAAGUCCUGCCUGGAGUUUGGCUGCUUCCAGGAGCUCCACGGCGGCGGCGGCGGCAGCAGCAGCGGAGCCAGAAGGAGGAGCCAGAGGCACGGCCGCUUGCAGCAGCGGGGCCAGCAGCUGCCCCGCUCCCGGUGGCGGCUCCCCGCACACCCCGCUGCCCUACGGAGCGCGAUGGGACGGUGCAACGAGACGGGAGCUCCUGCCCGCCGAGGUGAGUAACUUCCCUGGGCAGCAACAGCCUCUGGCUGGAGGGACCAGCGCUGCCCCCUUCCCAUGCAGCCCGACCUUCUUGCUAGGGAUGGUCUCCUGGUCCACCGCACCGUUCCGGUGACAACGUGUUUGGGGCUCCUUUCAGACCAAAUCCCACCUCCUCCCCCUCCUCUCCCGCCGCCGCCUUUCACCUCUCUCCGAGGCAUUGCGGUUCCAGAGUGUUCCUUCCUUGUGAAUGUUGAUCUGGCAGAGCUCUAGCUCGCUGCAGUGGGUGCUGCCCUAUGCCUCUACCCCGUGACCAGCUGCACUGUCCCCAGGGCGCCUCUCUGUGUCCUUACCUUUCCUGGGUUCAGCUUUGAUCUGCUUGCACCUCCGUUCAUAGCCCUUUUUUUUUUUUUUUUUUGCCCGCAGGUCUUGUGACACCGACGCCUUCCCUCUCCCUCCUUCAGGCGUUUCUCUCCCAGUUUUUGUCUGCACGCUAACACAGUUUAGCAGGGUCCCCCAGGGCAGUGGAAAAAGAGAUGCGGAUAGUGGCUGCUUGUUAUUAAAGGAGAUGAAGUUCUCUCUUUUCCGCCCCUUAUUAGAUCUAGGGGUGGUUGGAUUGGGAAUCAGUCCCGAUAUACCUAUAAGAAUGGAAGGCCGGGUGAUCAGUUGUUUCUCCCAAGUUAUUUUUUCUAUUUAUUAUUUUUUUGUUUUAGGUUGGAAGUGAGAUUUAGCAUUGCUUCUUAGGCUGAGAAAAGAUGGUCAGCUGUGGCAUUUUGAGGGUCUUCCCCAGCUUCUUCAUCCUGCUUAACACUGCUCAGUAACAAAUCAUCACACCACCUUUGAUAAACCAACAGCCUUCUAAAGGGACAGUCCUCAAAAAGUUUGUGAGGUGGGUCUCUCCCUGAAGGCACUCUUGGUUGUUAUGGCACAAAUGUGUCCCUGCCUCAGUAGGGUGCUCAGAUGGAGAAGAGGGUGGGACUCCUGCACCUUUAAUAAUGGUAUAGAAGAAAGAAAUGUCCCUCUUCUACCCAACUAUUAAACAUGCCUGAGUCCUGUCCUUGUUUUCCGUCUGGCCACCCUACUUCUGGAGCAGCUUUGAGGUGUUGAAAGAGACAGAUGCCCUGAUGAGCUGUUUUCAGCUUGUACCGUAUUUUUCGCUCCAUAGGACGCACUUUUUCCCCUCCAAAAAUGAAGGGGAAAUGUGUGUGCGUCCUAUGGAGCGAAUGCAGGCUUUCGCUGAAGCCUGGAGAGCGAGAGGCAUCGGUGCGCACCGACCCCUCUCGCUCUCCAGGCUUCAGGAAGCUAUCCGCAAGCCUUGCAAGCCCGGUGGGAGUUCCCGCGGGCUCACAAGGCUUGCAGGCAGCAGCCUGCAGCCCCGGCGAGUGUCCGCAAGCCUUGCGCGCCCGGCAGGAGGUCCCGCCGAGCUCGCGAGGCUUGGGGCAGCAGCCUGUCGCCGAAGCACGGGGAGCCCUCCGGAGGGCUCCCGUGCUUCGGGCGAGUGUCUGCAAGCCUUGCGCGCCCGGCAGGAGGUCCCGCCCAGCGCGCAAGGCUUGGGGCGGCAGCCUGUCGCCCGAGCACGGGGAGCCCUCCAGAGGGCUCCCGUGCUUCGGGCGAGUGUCUGCAAGCCUUGCGCGCCCGGCAGGAGGUCCCGCCGAGCGCGCGAGGCUUCGGGCGGCAGCUAGUCGCCCGAGCACGGGGAGCCCUCCGGAGGGCUCCCGUGCUUCGGGCGAGUGUCUGCAAGCCUUGCGCGCCCGGCAGGAGGUCCCGCCCAGCGCGCAAGGCUUGGGGCUGCAGCUUGUCGCCCGAGCACGGGAGCCCUCCGGAGGGCUCCCGUGCUUCGGGCGAGUGUCUGCAAGCCUUGCGCGCCCGGCAGGAGGUCCCGCCCAGCGCGCAAGGCUUGGGGCUGCAGCUGUCGUCCGAGCACGGGGAGCCCUCCGGAGGGCUCCCGUGCUUCGGGCGAGUGUCUGCAAGCCUUGCGCGCCCGGCAGGAGGUCCCGCCCAGCGCGCAAGGCUUGGGGCUGCAGCUUGUCGCCCGAAGCACGGGGAGCCCUCCGGAGGGCUCCCCGUGCUUCGGGCGAGUGUCUGCAAGCCUUGCGCGCCCGGCAGGAGGUCCCGCCCAGCGCGCAAGGCUUGGGGCUGCAGCUUGUCGCCCGAAGCACGCGAGGCUUGGGGCGGCAGCCGCGGGGGGGGGGGGAAUAAUUUUUUUUAUUCAUUUCCCCCCCCCAAAAAACGAGGUGCGUCCUAUGGACCGGUGCGUCCUAUAGAACGAAAAAUACGGUAAUUCUGAUAUGUGGUGCUCUGUUAACAGGACCUCCAUGUUUUCCAGGUUAAGUACUGCCUUUUCGUUCCUAUAAUAUCCCACAAUUAAGGUGGAUCUUGUAUCCUCUUGCAGACAUGUAAAGUUCUCUCCUUCCUAGGCUACUCUGCCAGUUUCCUGACGUGAACUGAGCCUCUAGCUGAACUCCUGGACUUUAUUUUGAUAAUUGAAUACAGUAUCUACAAAUCUCUCCCUUCCAUGACUUGACAAAGCUCAGGGAACAGAAUCUGAGAAGUCUGAGAUCUAUGAUUGGGUCACUGGUCUGUUGGUAGCAGAAGGCAAGAGAUAGUGUAGCAUGGGCGACAACAAGCCCAUGAAACAAGCCGACGAGUCACAAACCAACACAGAACUCUCUUUUUGAACUCUUUUUCAGGCAGGGGUUUAGAAACCACACAUGAGUUGGGGUGUCCAUCCAAAAGGUUGUAAGCAGGAGCCUGUUGCUUUGUUCAGUCUUUAUAGGCCCAGCCUCUGCCCUCAAGCAAUGGGCAAUUUUAAGACAUAGGUGGUGUGUGGGAUCUCUGACCUGCAUAUAUGUGUAAGAGCCUUAGGUCAGGUGGAUAGGGGACCCUGGGGUAGGCUACUUGGUGGAGUAUGUAAAAGAAUGGCCUACAACAUAGAAUGUAUGGGGUGUUAGUGAAGAGGUAGUACCUCUGAAGGGGGACAUGUUGUGUUCCUCCUGGGGUAGUUUGUCCACCUUUGGUUUCCACCCUGCACUCAGUUCUCACCUGUGGCUCCUAGCAGCUGUCAGCAUGUGACAGCAGCCACACCCUGGGAAAUGGCUUCAACUGGCCAGCUAAACCAGGUGAGGGUAGCCGAUAGGUCUCAAACCCACUGUGAGGGGUCCCCUGCACGCAAAUACAGUCUCUGGUGGACGAAGACGAUGGUCAGGAAGGCAGUUUCUGCAUGUAUUGUAGAGAUAACUGCGUUACAGGAUAACUUUGGGAGAAGAAAAGGCUAAGGAGUAAACCCGGCACAAAUCCGGAGUGGAGUCCCUAAGGCGGUUGCAUGGCGUCUUGUACACCUCCUGCCAGCAACUCCUGCAGCCAAGCUGGUGCCAACUGUAUUUCUCUGUUUUCCUUUGAACCACAUCAGCAAGGCCGAGAGGGGGCAGAUCUUGUCAUCUGGGCAGCGCAGGACCUCCAUACACAUGGUCCAGGCUUGCGCCCCAGGGAGGUCACUUGGGUGCUGCAAAUGUAGCAGUUUGACUUCACUCCUGGAGGAGCACUCCAUUGUAUCUCGAGACAGACGGAUGUCAACAACAACAUAAAACUGGGAUAAACAUGACUGUGGCCAUGAGAACUUGCUUUUAUGGCAGUACAUAGAAACAUAGGUAGUUGCUUUGCAUUGAAUCAGACCACUGGCCCACCUAGUGCAACAUUUUCUACACUGACUGCCAGUCACUCUCCAGAGUUUCAGAUAGGAGCCUUUCCUAGUCCUACCUGGACAUGCCAAGCAUUGAAUCUGGGACCUUCCACAUUAAAACCAUGUGCUCUGUCACUGAGCUAGGACCCGCAGUAAUAUAUUAUACUGGUGUGCAAGGAUGAGAAGGAACACGAGUUAUUUUACCAAGACAACUUUAAGAAAAGAUCCUUCAUUCAGAUUACUGUGUGCCAUUGGCAGAGAGUAAAAAUGAGCAGCGUUAAUGAUGCCAAGAUGACUUGAUUCAAUCCCUUUCUCUUCCUUCUUCCUUACACCUCAGUCUUAGGGAAUGGAUUUAAAGACAAUGAUGCAGCUAGCAACCAGCCAACCUUGCUGAAGCUAAACAGGCCUACACCUUGCCAGGGCCUGGAAGGAAAGCUGCCUGGGAAGCCCGUAGAGCACACACUCCUCCCCAGGUUUGGUUCAUGGUCUCACCAGGCAAAGGGAAAUGCGUCUCUCUGGAAAGAUGCUGCCUGGGUAGACAAUACUGAGCUGGACAGACCAAUUGCCUGGCUUGGUGUAAUUCAACUUCCUGUGUUCCUAAACAUUCCUGUGUUCAUGAUACUGUUUCCAGAGGGAUAGCUGUCUUAGCCAGCUGUAGGAAGAACAACAGAGCCUUGUGUCACCUUGAAGACUAACAGAUUUAUUAUGGCAUAAGCUUUUGUGGACUACACCCACUUCAUCAGAUGUAGGAAGUGCAUUUUCAUGCAUCUGAUUAAGUGGACUGUUGUCCAUGAAAUCAUACGGCAUAAUAAAUCCGUUAGUCUUUUGGUGACAUAAUACUUUUUUUUGUACUUCAUGCAGAUGAGCCCUAGAAAUGUCUUGUCUGGCAUAUUCAGGCAUUUACCUGCUUUGCUGCUGGAUCAUGACCCCAGUGAUGCAGUUAGGUCAUUUUGGACUCUGGGCCUAAGGGUCUUACGUGGGGCCCCUUCUUUAGGUGGCAAUCUGGAUUUGUUUUACUUCAGACUCUGCUAAGUCAGCCUUACUGUUCUGCCUGACUGUCUCCCUCCCCACUGCCUCAGUUCACUGGAGUUCUGGACCCCAAAGUCUAGCCUUGAGAGCAUCACUGUGUUGCUCUCUUGUGAUUGAUGAGGAUCCCUGGACCUUUUUGCCCCUGUGUUCUUUCUGCGUACGAGUCACUAGUAAAAUAUAAAACCUAGUUGUUGUUCCCCAGAGGCAUGGCUCUGUAUUCUUGAGUUUAAUUCCAUUUUAUAUCUCUCCAGUUCCUAAGGUCGUCUGUUUCAUCCUGCCUACCUUUGGAGCUUUUCUCUAGGUUAUCUCUGCCUCUCACUAUGGUGCUAUCGCCAGCACCUUCCCUCCCACAAGGGCAUUGUUGAAAAAAAUAUGGAAUAAAACAGGAUCCCCCAGAAGCUCCACUUAUUGUUUCUCAUUUUCCUGGUGACAGUUGUGAUCCAGCAAGGUUGGGAGGGUCACGUGUUUCUCACCCUGUGCUAACUUAAAAGUUUACUUUUGUAAAGGUAAAGGUGCUUAUGUCCAUUAGAAAGAUGGUUCGUUUAGCUCAGGCAUCCCAGCCUUCGGCCCUCCAGAUGUUUUGGACUACAGUUCCCAUCAUCUCUGACCACUAGUCCUGUUAGCUAGGGAUCAUUGGAGUUGUAGGGCAAAACGUCUGGAGGGCCUCAGGUUGGGGAUGCCUGGUUUAGCUCCACAUUCUUUCUAGCACUACUAGCUCUGCUAAUGUCUGGGGUGGGAUAGGAAUGCCACAGCUGAGAGAUGAUAAUGACACCAGACUCUUGUCUGAUAAUGGGUGUGCUACAUCUGAAUGAGGAACUUUUUAUUUUGGACUUUUGCAUCCCGUAGCUGCUGGAUCCAUGCACUUGUCUCAUUGAUGUUUAAAGUCAGUUAUGCAAGUUGUAAUUGCAACAAUACCGCAAAAUGUUGUGAUUACAACUUGCACAAAUGAGUUCUCUGUGUGUGUGUGUGUGCGCGCGCGCUUCCAUUUGUCCUGGGGCUGCUUCUCUCUGGUUUUUGUGGAUGACUGAGUUUUUUUCUCCCUGCCUCUCAAAAUUAUUAUCCCCUUAUACAAGCAUUUUGAAUUGAGCACGAAUGUAUAAGCCUCAGUCGUGACCUUUUUUAAAAAGCUGACCAUCUUGCAUUCUUCCCUGUUAAAAUAGUUUUCCAAAUGCAUGUUUCCUGGUUGACGGAUAACAUGGGGUGCAGGGUUACUUGCAGAGGAGAAAUGGCUGGUGGAAGAGGGCACGUGUACUUAACCCUUCUCCUGCGAUUCUGCUAGGAUUCUUUUCUGUCCCCAUGGAUGGACUUAUCCACCAGUAUUGGAGUCCGGUUGAAUCAAAUUAAAGGAAGAAAUGGCCAGGCUGUAGAGUUGCAGGGGAGACUUGGUGGGUGGUGAAGGGUUAAGCAUCCCUUCCCAUCAGCUGAUUAUCACCUGCCAGUAGCCCUUUGUGCAUCCCUGUGUUGGUGUUACACAGCAAAUAGAGGGUUGAGAAUCCCUUGUUUGCUGCAUAAUGUUUGAUUAUACCCCUAAGCAAAGGAAUGGUUGUAACUCUCCCAUGGGAUUAAUGGUGCAGAAUUUCACUAUCCCGUUGCCUUUAAAAUUGCACACUGCUCUUGUUUAAACUUACCUGCCAUUAUCAGAGGCUAAGUAUGGUUAUUAAGCCAAAAUAGUCGGUUUGUGGAUGUUGCUUAUGUAUGGAAGACUGUGUACAUAAGUAUUUCCCCCCCCCCCCUCGGAGAUUGAAACGUUGCUGUGUUCCCCUGAUGCUGUUCUAUAAAAGGGCUCUAACGUGAAAAGGAAUGGAAUUGCUGAGUGUGGGUGGAAGAAAGAACAGCUGCAAAUGAGCCCCUGUUACAGGAGCUGGAUUCAGGUUGUGUGUGUUGCAGCCCUGCCAAAGAAAACCAUAGCGGUGUCUAAACGUCUCUGGGGCACCUCAGAACAGACAGUUAGUUACUUGGAAACUCAAGUCUGGAAGUGUGUGCCUUAACGAAAGAUUUUGCAAUCUCUCGGGCACUUUUUGCUUUUUCAAGCCACCGUAUAACUGUAUGAGCCUGCUUUUAUUGAGAAAGGGGGGGAAAUCACGUGGGAUUAAAGGAGAUGUUAGUAUUGCUCUUUGACUGAAAAUAAAAUUUGUAGGCAGUGUGGUAUAGUGGUUAGAAUGCUGGGCCACAACAGUGGAGACCCAGGUUCAAAUCCCCCCCCCCAGUCAUGAAGUUCACUGAGUGACCUGGAAGCAGUUGUCAUCUCCCAGCCUAACCAGUGCAGCUGGGCAGUUUUAGACCAGGGAUGAGAAGCCUGUUGGACUACAACUCCCAUCAUUGCCAAGCCUUGUCCAUGCUGCCUGGGGCUGACAGGAGUUGGACUCCAACAGCACGUGGUGGGCUGUAGGUUCCCCAUCUCAUAAGAAAUAACCAGCUGGAUACGGCCAAUGGCCCAUCUAGUCAAGCAUCCUGUUCUCACAGCAGCCAGCCAGAUGCCUGAAGCAGGACCCAAGCUCAUGAGCACUCUGUCCUCCAGCAACUGAGAUUCAGAAACAUUAGUGCCUCUGACUGUGCAUAACCAUCAUGGCUAGUAGCCAUCAGUAGCUAUGUUUCAGACUCUGGACUUAAUGGACUUAAAGCCCCCCACUUCUCUUUAGGUCAGCUUUUCCCAAACUUGGGUCUCCAGUUGUUUUCGAACUACAGUUCCCAUCAUCCUUGACCACUGGUCUAGCGAGCUAGGGAUGAUGGCAGUUGUAGUCCAGAAACAGCUGGAGGCCCAAGUUUAGGAAACACUGCUUUAGAUGGUAAUGUUCACUCAAAACGUGGUGAACCAGACCUGCAGUGCAUCUGCUCAUUUGGCAGAGGGAUGCCCUGAACGUCUUAAGUCCUCUGCUGACAGCAUAACCACCUACCUUGUAGAGCAGUUGUGAGGAUACAAGCAGUGGAAGAGGACCUUUGGAUUUGUUAGCUGCCCUGAGAUUACUUUUGCCAAAGGGUGAGAUUAAAAUUGCAUCAAUAAAUAAAAACGAGUGAGCACAUGAAUUAUUUCAGAUGUGGCAUGGGCAGAUACGAGCCUGCCCUCUUUGAUCCACCCCCCUUCUCUUCUCCCAUUUACUAAUGCAUGCUCAGUGCUAUUUGAUUGUUUGCUUUUGUAGAAAUCCGCUAUUAAGUACUUCUGAGCUUCCUUUAAUUCCUUUUUUAAUUACAUUAUAUUGUGAGCUUAGUGUUUUUCUUUUGUACGCAGUAAAAAAAAAAAAAUCUGUUAUGGAUUAGCUGAAGGUAUGUUUGACAAUCUGCUUCUGAAAAUGAUUUCCUAAAUUAUAAAGUGCACUUAACCUUUUGUUAUCGUUUGUUCAGAAGGGAGACUGUUCUGGCCAGACCUUCAUUCCAUCCCUUUAAACAAGCAAUGUGGCCAAUGUGAAUUCCUGAUUCUUCCUGACUUGUUGAUGUUUUACACUUCCUAAGCAUACAAUCAGACAGGAGAUCAAGAGGGCUUAGGAAACUAACAUCAGAUGGGGGUUGAGCUGCUGUCCCAGUAAAGAUGCUUGUGCCAUAUGCUGCUCUGACUUUGUGGAAACAAAUUCCCUUCCGAUAGAAAAGAAGUGCAUGAAAUAUUAGCAUGAUGGAAAACUUCUGUUGCAGGUCUUUGCCCUCCUGUUCUGAGGCUUGUUCUUUGCCGCUCCAGAGGACAGGACUCUUCAUCUUAGGGUGGUGGGUUCGAGCCUCACAUUGGGCAAAAGAUUCCUGAGUUGCAGAGGGUUGGGCUAGAUGACCCUCCUGGUCCCUUCCAACUCUACAAUUCUAUGAUAAGCCAGUCAAUCAGUUAAUCAAGUUGAUUGCCACUGUAGAAGCUUUUAAUGUUUGAUGUACUAUAGUAUUUUAAUAUUUUUUGGGAAGCCGCCCAGAGUGGCCGGGGAAGCCCAGCCAGAUGGGCAGGGUAUAAAUAAUAAAUUAUUAUUAUUAUUAUUAUUAUUAUUAUUAUUAUUAUUAUUGAUAAAAAUAGUAAUGAUGGUGAUGAUGAUGAUGAUAAUAAUAAUAAUAAUAAUAAUAAUAGCAGCUCAGUAGUAGAUCACAAGGGACACAGGUGGCGCUGUGGGUUAAACCACAGAGCCUAGGACUUGCCAAUCAGAAGGUCGGCGUUCGAAUCCCCACGACGAGGUGAGCUCCUGUUGCUUGGUCCCAGCUCCUGCCCACCUAGCAGUUCGAAAGCACUUCAAAGUGCAAGUAGAUAAACAGAUACCGCUUCGGCGGGAAGGUAAACAGCGUGUCCAUGCACUGCUCUGGUUCGCCAGAAGCGGCUUAGUCAUGCUGGCCACAUGACCCAGAAGCUGUACGCCGGCUCCCUCAGCCAAUAAAGCGAGAUGAGCGCCGCAAUCCCAGAGUCAGCCACGACUGGACCUAAUGGUCAGGGGUCCCUUUACCUUUACCUAGUAGAUCACAUGCUUUGUGUGCAAUGGGCCCCAGGUUUUAUCACCUUCCCUUCCAGGUAGGGCUGUCUGAAACACUGGAGAACUGCUGCCGGUCAGUGUUGACAGUACUGAGCUAGAUGGACCUGUGGCUUGGUUACAAGGCAGCUUCCUGAGCCCUGUUGCCCGGGGUGGAUGGGAGUUGUGGUCUAAAAACAUCAGGAGAGCACUAAGCUGGCAAAGGUUGCUCUAGACUCACAUACAAGAAGGCUCCUAUCUCCAGCCUUUUACCAAUUAAUAUGGCAGAACAUUCAUUGAAGUUAAUGCAUUGGAGCCUUGUGGUCCCCUAGCAUGUUGAAAGUGGGCAAAUGGGCGUGCAUGCAAAGCGUUAGGGCAGAUCUCACAAAACAAGCAGCCUGUUCUCGGCACUUGAAUCAGCAGCAACUUUUGGGCCAGGGAGUUACGGUUUCUUUUAGGAGUGAUUCCUAUGCCUGCCCUGGGAAUUGCUGUGAGCGAGGCUACAUAAAAAAUUGGUGCAGAAAGCAAAGUUCUGAAUCAGCCUGGCGACUCUUGGUUAGGAUAUUUAAAAGUAUCACUGAAUUCAAUUUUUAGCAGUUUAGUAAGAUAUAAUUGAUGCUCAUGCCUUUUGAUUCCCUUAUUAAAUGACUGGUAUUUGUUGUGUAUAAAUUAUAGCCCCUUGCAAAUUUGAAAAUUAAAUAAUUUCAAAUGCCAUUAAUUACAAGCUGUAAAUGUUAGGUCAUAAUGUGAAAGCAACUAGUAAUGUUUUAAUGUGUGCUGAUUUGGGAUCCAACCUUGCAAGCAUUCAUAUAAUUAACUUAAAAUGUGAAUAUUUCCAUAAGAGCCCAUACAACGACUACGCUUUUCUGUCAAAUUAGGAUUGUAUAAACGUUUCAAAGAUGGAGCAUGUGUAUAUAGUGUGGCUGCUUUAUUGAUUUGCAUUUUCCAGUGAAACAUAAAAUAUUUUCACCUGGAUCAUUAGCUUAGCUGAAUAGUGAACAAAUCCUCUAGAUCCUUUUUGUCAUUUAAUACUUUGCUUUUUGCAAUAUUUGUUCCAGUAAAGGUUUAAUUCUGCAUUAAGCAAUAUGGUGCAUAAAUAACUUUUCACAAUUGUACAGCUUGCUUUUUUGGGAGGAAGUGGGGGUACAGCAAAGGUGCACGAGUGGCAAAGAUAACUUGGGAUCCCUGGACCUUAAAGAACAUUCAAGGCCCAGGGAUUUUCAGGGACCGCUGGUCUCUGAUUGGCAGUGCUUGCAAGCCUCACUUUGUCAAGGAACAGCAUCGUAACCUGUCCCAAACCUGACAUCACAUGUGACAUCAGAUGUCUGUCAGCUGGGCAUAGCUUGGGGAGAUGGCCUGGUGGGCCACAUGGGGAAGCCAGGUGGACCUAGUGAGGCCUGCUGGCCAGAGUUUUCCCUCUGCUCCUUUGUAGGAAGUGUUCAGCAUCAUCAACUUAAUUUCAUGGAGUGAAGCAUCACAUCUUGUUAUAGAAAUCCAGGUAACAUGGGAAGGGCGUCAUCUGGCUCACAUAUAGAUUGUUAGUUUAGAGCAGGUGAGUGGUUAAAACUGCACCGUUGAGGAGUGCCUAACACUUCCCAUGAGCUUCCUCUGAUGGUUUACAGUAAAAAAAAGAAAAUCAAGAGAAAGCACCCCUUUCUUCACUUUUUUUGUACAGCUGGUGAUACAGAAUAGAUGCCCACCUGAUUUUCAUUCAGCAGUAGCAUGGUAGCCACAGGCAGUAUUUUUUGUUUAAAAAUGAGGUGCCUCAUAUCUUAAUAAAAGUACUGAGUAAAUCUGUAGAGACUGCAUGUCUCUCAAGAAAUCCAACUCCCUUUAAGGUCUAGGAAGUUCCUGCUCCAAUCCUUGCAUUAACAAAGUAGAAAUGGUGGUAGCUAUUAGCAGGAGCUAUUAGCUGCCCUGAGCUUUUUGAAUGAGCUCAUGAAGGUGAUGGCAUCAGUUCACCCCUUUUGAAUUUUCUGGAUCGGAUGCAAAGUACAUCUUUUUAAUAUUUCCUUUGGGAUCUGUUAUAGAUUAUGAUCUUUAAGCUGCCUGCUAUUUUGGUGUAAGCUUUUAUGAAUUUUUAACUUCUUCUUUUUAAAUAGCUCUUACGUCUUGGAUUGUUUUUAUUGUGGCGAGCUGCUUAAGCCAUCUCGAACACAGGGUGAAGUGUGUGAUACAGGAGUGCAAUAAAUAAACGGCACCAGGUUGAAAAAGCCUACACGGAUUGGCAGUGACUUUCCAGGGUCUCAGGCAGAAGGGUCUUUCCCCACCCUACCUGGAGGUGCCAAGGAUUGAACCUGGGUCCUUCUGCAUGUAAGCAGAGGGGCAAGCAACACCAGUCACUACUAAACCCUGCGCCAAAAGGAAUGCUGGAUGUGAAGCAGCCACGCUCCAUCAGUUGGACCCAAAGAAGGCAGUCCAUCCUGGUUAGACGCUAAUCCUCUCCAGAAUGGACUGAAUUUAAGAAACAGACUGACAUCAGUGGGAAGACACCUGGCGUCCUCAUUCAAGCCCUUGAGCUACCGUAUUGGCCUGAAUAUAAGCCGCACCUGCAAAUAAGCCACACCUUUAAAAUUUGGUUGCUUGGGGGAGGCUUGGGAGCCGCAGAUGGGACAGGACAGGCGCCAUUGCCCCACGCUCCUGGGCUGCUCUUUAUGGGGGGGGGGUCAUGUUGCUUUGCCGGCGGCCUUCUCCCUCUUCCCCCUUAUCUCUGGCGGCUUGAGGGAGGCUUUGGAGUAGCGGGUGGGCCACACGAUCGGAAUGGGGGGGGGGAGUGUGUGACAUAUUUGGGUCAGUACGGGACAUGGUGGCCAGUAGAACAUCACGUUUUCUUUUGUUAGGCUGGUGUUGGAGUAGUAUGCUCCCCCGCACUGGAGAAAGCUAGUUUUUAUUUGAUGGGAGGGAACCUUUUUUGGGGGUGGGGUGGGAAUCAGGCUUCCCCCCCCUUCUUUAGUGAUGAUCCUAUUACCCAUCUCUUGCAUCAGGGGUUCGUGCUCACUUAACUAAUGAUAAAGCUGAAUUUUACGCAUGAAGAGCUGGCUGUUCUGCAGAUUUACUUUUAUAACUAGGAUUAUAUUUCAUUGUGACAGUUGAGCACAUCUACACAUUAAUUUUAUAUCCUUAUUAAGGCGACUUAAAGCUAAAGUUGGAAACAGUAACUUGGUGUUCUAAAUGUGCAAUUUUUUUAAAAUAGUGAGAUUUAUGAAACUUUGAAUGUUAAACGUGUCAGAGAAAAGUUAUUUUCAGGGAGGGAGGGAGGAAUAAUAAUCUACAAUUAGCAGCACCGGCUGUUAUUCAGUACAGUGGUGCCUCGCAAGACGAAAUUAAUUCGUUCCGCGAGUUUUUUCGUCCAGCGAAUUUUUCGUCUUGCGAAGCACGAAAUCCCAUAGGAAUGCAUUGAAAUUCAAUUAAUGCGUUCCUAUGGUCAAAAAAAGUCCAGUCAAAGCCAAAUUCGGUACAACAAGAGUUUAUUAACUGCUCUUUAAAGUCACACAUACUUUAAAGAGCAUAUCAAAAAUUGAAGGAACAAUAAAUUAAGUUUCUAAACAUGACAGGAAAAACAUUUAAAAAUCAAAAAGGGUACAUUACAUUUUCUAAGACUCUGGGGACCACUCGAAGAAGGUUCCUCUUCCACUCUUUGCUUCUUGCUGAGGAACCUGUCCAUGGUCUGCUGCUUCAUCCGCCGUUUCAGCAGCUCCUGAGAGGCGACAUGACCGUCAGUAUCAAAAAUGUUCGCUUGGUCAUGUGCCACGUGCUUGUCAGGGUGGUGCCGCUCUGCAAAAGCCUGCACCUCAUUCCACUUCUGGCAAAUGUCCCUCAGUUCUUUGGAGGACAGCCGUUCCUCAGUUGCUUCCUCCUCUUCCAGCGAGGCCUGCUCCUGCGCAACCUCUGACUGCAGUGCAACCAGCUCCUGGGUGGUCAGCUCGUGGUCGUGCUCCUCCACCAGCUCGCAAACGUCCUCCUCUGUGACGUUCAGGCCCAAGGUCCUCCCCAAGGCAACAAUGUCCUGCACCACUGUCGACUCUGGUGCAUCAGAGUCACUUGGUGCCACACAGUCCGGCCACAGGCUGCGCCAAGCGCAAUUCAAAUUCCUCUGGCUGAUCCCCUUCCAGGCCGUGGUGAUCAUCUUCAAGCAGGUGACGAUGUCGAAGUGGUCCUUCCAGAAUUCCCGCAGGGUGAUGGUGGUGCAAUCAGUCACCUCGAAGCAUCGCCUGAAAAGCUCCUUGGUGUAGAGUUUCUUGAAAUUGGCGAUGACCUGCUGAUCCAUCGGCUGGAGCAGUGGCGUGGUGUUAGGCGGCAGGAACAUGAUGUUGAUGAAGCUGAACUCCUCCAACAAGUCCACCUCAAGGCCUUUAGGAUGAGCAGGAGCAUUGUCCAUCAGAAGCAAAGCCUUCAGCGGCAGGUCAUUGUCCAGCAGGUACUGUUUGACAGCAGGGCCAAAGGCAAGAUUGACCCAGUCCACAAACAGCACACGUGUGACCCAAGCCUUGCUGUUGGAUCGCCACAUGACACUCAGCCGCUCCUUGUCGACCUUGUGUUUCUUGAAGGCCCGUGGGUUCUCCGAGUGGUACACCAGCAGGGGCUUGAUCUUCAGGUCGCCGCUUGCGUUGGCACAGAAGAGCAGGGUCAGACGGUCCUUCAUGGGCUUGUGGCCAGGCAACUUGGCCUCCUCCUGAGUGAUGAAAGUCCUUUUGGGCAUCCUCUUCCAAAACAGCCCGGUCUCGUCGCAGUUGAAGACCUGCUGUGGAACGUAGCCCUCCGUCUUCACAACCUCCAGGAACUCCAAGGCAAAGUCUUCAGCCGCAGGAACAUCAGAACUGGCAGCCUCUCCAUGCCUGACCACGCUGUGGAUUCCGGAUCUUGCCUUGAACCGGUCAAACCAGCCUCUGCUUGCCUUGAAGACUUCUGGCUCGGCCGAGGUUCCUGGCUGUUCCCGGAUGAGGUCUGCGUGCAAGGCCUUGGCCUUCUCACAAAUCACGGCCUCAGUCACUGUGUCCCCUGCACGCUGCUUCUCUUCUAUCCAGAUGAGGAGCAACUUCUCGACCUCCUCCAGAACAGCUGGGCGGUUCUUCACGAUCCUGGUGACUCCCUUGGCUGCAUCAGUCGCAAGGAUCUUCUCCCUCAUCUUCAGGAUGGUCCCGAUGGUCGAUGGGUUCCUGCCGUACUCCCUGGCGAGGUCCGUCACACGCAUUCCACCGUCGUGCUUCCGGAUGAUCUCCUUCUUCAUCUCCAGCGUCACCUUCUCCUUCUUCCUCUCGCCGGCCUCCGCAGCAGCAGCAGUCUUCUUGGGUCCCAUGGCAGCACAGCUGUUACCUUUGUAAAACUCAGAAAAAGAAAAAAAAAUCAGCAAUUCAAACCCACAACCAAGUCCUUGAAUUCCAAACACCCAACCCAAAAUCCAAAACCCCCCCAAAAAUUUUAAAAGUUUAACUUACGAAAUGGCUGCAAAUCACCAAAGUCUUCAAAAUCCUCAAAUGGCUGCAAAAGAAAUUUUGGGAAAGCUUUAAAAAUCACCAAAGUCUUCAAAAACCUCAACUGUUCCCCCAGCCCCUCCCCAACUGUUGCAAACCCCUCCCCAACUGUUGCAAACCCCUCCUCAACUGUUCCCCCAGCCACCCAGCACACAGAAAUUCAAAACCCAGAAACUUUUUCAAAAAAAACAACAUGGCCCAAUGGUUACAGAAAACCAUAAAAAUUCAAAAAAAGAACACAAGCUCCCAGAUUCCUGCAAACCCCUCCUCAACUGUUCCCCCAGCCACCCAGCACACAGAAAUUCAAAACCCAGAAACUUUUUCAAAAAAAAACAACAUGGCCCAAUGGUUACAGAAAACCAUAAAAAUUCAAAAAAAAGCACACAAGCUCCCAGAUUCUUGCAAACCCCUCCCCAGCUGUUCCCCCAGCCACCCAGCACACAGAAAUUUAAAACCCAGAAACUUUUAUCAAAAAAAAAAACAUGGCCCAAUGGUCACAAAAAUCAUAAAAAUUCACAAAAUAGCACACAACCUCCCCGAUUCUUGCAAACCCCUCCCCAGAUGUUCCCCAUCCACCCAGCACACAGAAAUUUAAAACCCAGAAACUUUUUCAAAAAACAACAACAUGGCCCAAUGGUCACAAAAAAUCAUAAAAAUUCAAAAAAAAGCACACAAGCUCCCAGAUUCUUGCAAACCCCUCCCCAGCUGUUCCCCCAUCCACCCAGCACACAGAAAUUCAAAAAUUCAAAGCCAGAUUUAAAAAAAAAAAAAAAUAAACAUGGCCCAAUGGUCACAGAAAAUCAUAAAAAUGCAGAAAAAAACCACACAAGCUCCCAGAUUCUUGCAAACCUCUCCCCAACACCAAGUCCUUGAAUUCUAAACACCCCAACCCAAAAUCCCAAAAACCCAAAAAAGUUUUAAAAGUUCAACUUACCAAACAGCUGUAGAAGAAGUUUUGGAAAAGCUUCAAAAUCCAGCAAACUCUUUAAAAAGCUCAGAAAGGCCCCCACACCGCGUGCAAUGUGUUGCUCCUCGAGGUCAAGUCGCAACUGCACCUCUUCAAGCAAUGCACCCUGGGUUUUAACGGUUUUACGAAAAAGGAAACAAACUUGCAAGACGUUUUCGUCUUGCGAAGCAAGCCCAUAGGGACAUUCGUCUUGCGAAGCAACUCGAAAACGAAAAAACCUUUCGUCUUGCGAGUUUUUCGUCUUGCGAGGCGUUCGUCUUGCGGGGCACCACUGUAUAUGUUAAAUGUUUACCCACAGGCUGCUGCAGAGAAUCUGCGCAAUAGAACCCAUGCAGUCUAAAAGGUUAGAAAAGGACUGGGAAAAUAUCCAGGUAAAAAUAUUUGGUGUAUAAAACCAGGCUAGGGAGAAGUAUAUCCUGUGUAGGCUUCCAAGGGCCAGAUAGAUAAGCUUGGAGGGCCACAUUUGGCCCCCAGGCCUGAGAUUCCCCACUUAUGGGUUGGAGUGUCAGGCAUAACAACAACAACAACAAUUUUGUACCUCUCCCAUCAGACUGGGUUGCCUCAGCUACUCUGGGUGGCUUCCAACAGAAUAUAUGAAAACAUAAGAAAACAUCAAACAUUAAAAGCUUCCCGAUACAGGGCCUCAGAUGCCUACAGAGCAUCUUAUAACUGUUAAUCUCUUUGACAUCUGACAGGAUGUGGCGAGUGCCACAUCCAAGAAAGCCUUUUGCCCUGUAACUUCAUUUCUCACAAUGAGGGAACCACCAGAAGGCCCUUGGGGCUGGACCUCAGUGUUCAGGCUGGACAAUGGUGGUGGAGAUGCUCCUUCAGGUAUUCAGGCAUAUACCCACUCGGCCACUGAGCUCACUGCGCGGCCUUCGCUGCCUCGUAGCCUACAGGUACCUCAGGGUGGUGGUGAGGGUGAACUAAUGGAGAGGGGGAAUGUACCAUAACUCACAUUGGGAGCUCCUUGAAGGAAAAGUGGACUAUAAAGAAAUUAGAUGUCAGCACUGAAAGUCCUUGAGCCAAACUGGGCCCUUGGAAUUGUGGGAAUUGAAUCUACACCUGCUAAGAGAUUUGAAAACAAAUCUGAGUUGCCAGUGGCUAUGGCAAGGAAGGGGGCAUUUUUCAGCCUAAGGGCCGCAUUCCCUCAUGAUUAACCUUCUGUGGGCCAUCACUGGACAUAGCCAAUGCCAAAAGUGGUUGGGGCCACCUACACAUACUGUCUGUUACCCCCCCCCCAUAACUCCCACAUCCACCCACUCAUAUUUUCAUUUUGCUCCACCCUGUCUCAAACUUGUUUACUUGGAAGUAAGUUCCAUUGAUCGGAGUGAGACAUGGUUCCAGAUAAUUGUUUUUAGGAUUGCUGCCUAAUGUACAUUUUUUAAUAGCCAUAAUUGCUAGUGCAUUAAACUGAACCAUUACCUCCCAAGAGCUGUACAAAUCUACUUAAAUCAAUGUCAGGAUGUCUGAUGCAUCUCGGCGUACUUCUGAGGGGAGAAUAAUGCUGAUCUAAGAACUAUUACACUCAAUAACAUUGCGUGAAGAGAAGCAUUCCAAGUUUUCCAUCUUUGGGCUAUUGACAUGGUUGUUUUAAUAAUAUGUAGAUCAUGCUUGUACUUCAAUACCAGACUGACAAUUUCUAAAACUCUUACAGGACAGUAUCGCCCUUUAAAUUAUUUUGCCUAGGAGGUGGCUAUUAACUGUUCCUGUAUAGUAAUAUGUCUUUUUUGUGUGUGUAGUUAAAAACAUAGAAUUUCUAAAGGCCACUACUUUUAUGCACUGACUGGAAUCCUGUCCAUGUUUACUCAGAAGUAAGCCCCAUUGAGGUCAGUGAUGUCCAGGUAAUUGGGUAUAGAACUGCAGCUUGAGCGCGAAAUCCUCAAAUUCUCUGCAUUGUGAUUAGCAGGAUUUUACCACUGCAGUGUCUCAGGGGCAUACUACAGUGCCCUCUGCUGCUCUGCUUAGUUUCAAUGGGACCAUUGCAGGGGAUCUUCCCAGAAGAUUGCACUCCAGAGCUGACAGCUGUUUGAAGUGCAUUUCCUUAAGGUAGGGUUCUCAUUGUGGGAUCUAAAGCUGUCAGUCAAGUCCAGCAUUCCGAGAGAGGACUAACUGCCUCUAUGUGGCAGGCAGUUUUGUCAGUUGGUCUGUUGGUCGGUUGCUGCAAGGAGUGUUAACUGCUCGGAUGCAGUCUUCUCAUGACUCACUACGAUCUAGUACAGUGGUACCUCGGGUUACAUACGCUUCAGGUUACAGACUCCGCUAACCCAGAAAUAGUACCUCGGGUUAAGAACUUUGCUUCAGGAUGAGAACAGAAAUCGUGCUCCGGUGAAAGCAGGAGGCCCCAUUAGCUAAAGUGGUGCUUCAGGUUAAGAACAGUUUCAGGUUAAGAACAGAACUCCAGAAUGUAUUAAGUUCUCUUUUUUUCAAUUUUUUAAAAUUGGUUUUCCAAAUUUAUAACAAAUAAAACACAAAAUGACAAAUAACAAAACAUAUAAAAAAGAAAAACAAACAUACAAUCAAAACUUCUUACAGCUAUAAAUCCAAAUUAAAAGAAUGAAUUAAGUUCUUAACCCGAGGUACCACUGUAUAUAGUUUAUCUGUUAUGUAACCUAAGCCUGCCUUCAGGAACAACUCUGUAAACCUGAAUGAAUCUGAUAGUAAAGUAGUUUAUGUUAAUAUGAUUCAGAUUCAUGUGUGUUUUCUUUUAGAGGGACAGAAAGGGAUUAUCAACCAGGAAGGUAUAAUUAUUGAAAAGACUGUUUUAAUGAAAUUAAUGAAGCAGUAGGAUCCGAAAUUGAAAUUGCAGAUGGAAAUAUUGUCAAAGCGAGAGGGGCUGGUUCUGUGAAUUCGAAAUUUAAUGUAGAAAAUAAACUUCUGCGAUUUCAAUUUCGGAUCCUACUUCUUCACUCAUGUGUUUGGCCAGAUCCACACCACACUGUUGCAGAUUAACACUUUUCUUAUUGAUUUUGGUGUGUAACAGGCUGAGAGUAGAAGCAAAUUAAAUGGUCUGUUGAGCUCAACAGUGACCAUUAAAAUAAAUAGUACCAAAACUUGAGGUUGAUUACUUGGUGGGGCCCAAUUUUAAUCAGCUGGAAUGAAAGUUAAGAACAUACUUGUCCCUUGUUUGUGGCUACUUUGGCUUUAGUAUGUUACUGUACUGCGGAACAAAAAAUAACAUGUUAAAGAUGGCUAUUAAUCAUCUUUUUAAUGGAAAUUGAUCAGAUUAAAAAUUUGCCUUUUUGUCCAGUUAAUCAGCAGACUUACUCCUGGCAGACUUCUUUGGGUUUGUAUUUGUGUGUGGUAUGCUUUUGUUUCUCCUGCUUUCCUAAGGUGUGUGUCUUCUUAAACAAAACUGGUGUAACAUAAUUUUCUUUUCAGAGGUGAGGUCUUGUGAAUCAAUGUAAAAUAACAAAGAAUCUGGUGGCACCUUAAAGACUAACCAAUUUAUUCUGGUAUAGGCAUGCGUGAACUAGAGUCCACUUGAUGAGAUACAAGAAGUCUAAUAGGGUCACUUACAUUAAUUUGCAUACAUUCUAGCUGUAAUUGAAUUGUUAAUCUGUAUCCUUUGCGUUUUAUUUCCCUCCAACCUCAUCGCUUACAAUUCCACCCAUGUAUACUUAUUCCUGCAGCUGAUAAUUCUCCUUCAUGCAUCUGAUCAAGCCUAGUUCAUGAAAGUUCAUUCCAUUAUAAAUUUGUUAAUUUUAAAGGUGCUGCUAGACUCUGUUUGUUAUAAUCUUUUAAAAAACAUCUUUACUGUACUGAGAUUCACAAUAUCCCAUCCAUAUCCUGUUGGCCAAUUACAUCAUUGGGCUUCAAAGCUCUGGUAGCGAUCAUAUACAGUGGUGCCUCGCAAGACGAAAUUAAUCCGUUCCGCAAGUCUCUUCAUCUUGCGGUUUUUUCGUCUUGCGAAGCACGGCUAUUAGCGGCUUAGCGGCUAUUAGCAGCUUUAAGAAAAAGGAAACAAACUCGCAAGAACUCGCAAGACGUUUCGUCUUGCGAAGCAAGCCCAUAGGGAAAUUCGUCUUGCGGAACGACUCAAAAAACGGAAAACUCUUUCGUCUAGCGAGUUUUUCGUCUUGUGAGGCAUUCGUCUUGCGGGGCACCACUGUAUUUACUUACUUUGCAUGGCUCUGUUCUGCUUCAUCCUUCCGUACUGAUAACACCGUAGUUUCUGGGUUGCAUUUACUGCUUGUGGAACUACUUUCAUGUAGAGGAGCACCUGGUAUCUUCACUAUACAGUUGUUGUCUUACGCUGAAGAUGGACUCCUUUUGCUCUAAUCUUUGACAAAUUGAGAUGUAUAUAUUUUAGGACCCACCCUGUUUGUGUGAUUGCAAUUUAACUUAACCUGCCCUGGGACCUUGGGGGUGUGUAAUAAAUCAAAACCAGCAUGGUACAACUAUACAAGGAAUGUUGAAGCUGGGCAGAUUGUUUAGCUUUUAGUUCAAAAUGCAUGCAGAAUGCUUAUGAAAUGAGUUUUAAGAUUAUAGAGGGGUUUUUUAAGCUCCCCCCCUUCACCGCCCCACAUUGUUCAGAUGUUUAAGCUCUGGAUUUACUGAAGAGCCAAGGAUGAAUUCCUAAUUCUGUUAAAAUCAAUAGGACUAUCAUGCCAUUGAUUUAAGUGAAUCCAGAAUUCAUUUAUCGUUGGAAGCGGUUGCGGAAUUGGUCUCGCUGAUAAUGAGUUUUCAAAUACAUGCAAUAGCUUUCCAGUUUUAGAAGCAAAAGGAGGCAGUUCAGAAACCAUGUGGAGUUGGUGCAGCUACACCAGGACGAGUGAUUUGCCAUAGACUGUUUAUGUGCAUUUUAAAAAGUGUAGGCAUGGGGUGGGAAACAUUCCAGAAAAAGUAGCCUGUUUCUGUAGUUUUUAUAGGUACUCUGUUCAUGGCUAGAAAUUAGUAUUAUUAUUAUUAUUACUACUACUAGUAGUAGUGGUAUAAUUUCAAUACCACCGUUCAUCUGAAGAUCAUGGGGCAGUUUAAAAUAUGAAAACACAAAAAUAUAUAACAUAGUAACAAACAAUAACAAUACCCCCAACAGUUUAAAAGGCCAUAGAUUGUUUAAUGAACCAGUGGCAUAUAACACCUAUUUUCAUACAGUUGUGGUGGUUGCCAUUCAAUGUUCUUGUGUUGACAUUUAAAGCACUGAGCAACUUGGGAAAGCAUCUUCUCCCCUUAGCAGCCCACCUGCGUAUUAAGAUCAGCGCAGGAGGCUCUCCAAGUUGUUCUUGCGUUAAAUGGGGUUCAUAGUGCAAGAGCCUGUGGAAGAGCCUUUUUAGUGGUGACUCUGUACCUGUGGAAUGACUUCCUCACUGCGGUGCAUCUCACCUGAACUUCAUACCUUCUCAGGUGCCAGGAAAAAAGCCCACCUUUUAGUAGCUAAUGAGGUCAUCUUUAUGGUUUUCAAAAGUGGAGCUUCUUUAUGUAAUUCGUGAGAAUUGCUUCAUUGUUUUUGUUUGUUAUGUAUUUUGUUUUUAAUAUUAGAUUUAUUUUCUGUGAAACUGCUCUGUGACCAAUUUUUUUUUGGGGGGGGGGAGGAAGGUGGUACAGAAAUCUUUCUUUUCUUUAUAGAAAUCUGUGUGCGCAGGACUUUAGAUCAUGCUCAGUAUCAAAGAGAUCUGGGUAAUAUACUAGAAAAAUGUUCUAAGAACAGCUCGGAGUAAGCCGAUUACAGGGAAUGUGGAAUCUUGUAGCUUAGAAGCUUUCAGAAAUAUUUGUCUGUUUAUGGAGACUUCUGAAAACAUCUGAAUCUUUCUCCCCCAGCCCACUACUCUCCUUGGUACAGUGCCAUGUUCUUUUGCAAGUUAUGCGUAAUAUCCUAAAAUGUGCAUACUAGUACAUCACCAUGGUAAUUACCACUUUUAAAAAAUAUUGUACAGAAUUCACUCUCUAAAAAUCUGUUCUGUAACAAUGAAAAUAACCUUGUUUCCUUUAAAGAUUGACUGGGUGCACCUUGAACAAAAGCUAUUUGUGUAAUUCCAUACAAAGAAUAGUUAUUUAGUAACUUAAUGCGAGCCUCCACAUCAUCGUUUUAUUUGUAUGCCGCUCAAGGCGGCUUGCAACAUGACAAGAUUUACAUAAUUACACACGUAACAAAAGUCGUAAACAAACAAUAAAACAAAUCAAAAAGUACACAACCAAAGUGAAACAAUUUCCACAUAAAUAAUAAGAUCUAAAAAUAAAGAUACAAAAAUUAAUGUCAAUUACAACAACAAAACCCCCUAAAUAGCCCAAGGGUCUAUUCAGCAGCUUUCGUAGCUGGAGUCAGUCAGGGCCCCACCCUCCCAGACCAGGUGGAAACAAGUUGGCAAGGCAGGGAGCAGGUCUUCCAGGACUCACAGACAAAAUGGUCUCUGCAGUUUUGCCUAUUAGACACAUUUUUUGUAAACCAAUUUUCCGUAAUAUAAUUAAUUUUUGUUAGGUCCUUUUCACUAAUACAUGCGUUUUUAUGUGUGCACACUUUACCUUAUCAUAUGCAUUUUUGUACACAUUACUCAGCUAGAGAACUGCACUGCAAGGUUCAGAGAAAAGCAAAUUUCAGAGAAUGGCUGUGUUUCAGUUUGAGCAGCCUGUGGAAUCAGGCCCACAGACCAUCAAGUGCAUCAUCUUGUUUUCACAGUGGCCAACCAGAUGCCUGUAGGAAACCAGCAAGCAGGAUUCAACCACACGAGCACUCACCCCUCCUAUGGUUUCCAGCAACUGAUACUCAGAAGCAUUGCUGCAUCCAGCUGUGGAGGGCAGAGCACAACCAUUGUGGCUAGUAGCCAUCCAGUAUCCCUCUCCUCCAUGAAUUUGUCCAAUUCUCUUUUAAAGCCAUUCAUGUUGGCUUCUACCACUGCCUCCUGCGUUAGCGAGUUCCAUGUUUGCUGCCUGAAUCUCCCAACAUUCAGCUGCAUUGGACGCAGUGUUUUUUUCCAUGGGUAUUCAAGGGUACGCAGUACCGGCACAUCUUUUUUUUGUUUUUAAAAAGUGUGGCACUUACUGUAACAACUUCAUGGUGAGUACCAGCACCUUUUUUUUUUAUUAAGAAAGCACUGAUUGUAUGUCCAUGAUAUUGCUUUGGAAAGUGAAGACUAGGUACAUUUGCUUUUAAAUGCAAACUGGACCCACCUAUUCCUAGGAAAUAAUUGCAGCUAAUACUACAGCCGCAGACAAUUGCAGUAUAUAAAGUUCCCUUCCUCUGCUGGCUGUUUUUAAAGGUUCCUUUUCAGGAAGACUUUUGGGCCACGAGUGGUUGCCCUUUCAUUGAAUUGUUUCAACUUGUGAGAAGCUACUCUGGUUAAAUUAGCUUUUAUGGCCUUCGAUGUACUUCUGAUCUUUUUUAUUCUGCUGCUUUAGUGUUUAAAUGCUGCUUUUAUUCUUUUGCUUUAUAGUUUUUAAAAACUGUUUUACUUUAUUGUUACCUGCCUGAUUUACAACCUGAUUUACAACCAGAAGAAUACCAUGUAUCUCAGGUGUCAAAGGCCUGGAUAAAAAAAGCUAGCUUGUACAAUAUACUACAUCUUAUAAUUUCAGUACCUAGGGAAUGAUUGGGAGACAUUAAAUGAGUUUUAUGCAGCCACAGUGACUUAAUGGUGUACUUUCCCUUCAGUAUAACCUAGUCUCCUCCCCACUUCCAUCUCUUCCUUGCUCAGGAGAAACCCUGCUGCAGGCCUGUGUUUAGAGCCCUACUAAAGUGCCAAGGCCUAACUGGAUAGGACAACGCCACAUAAUACAUUCUGAGCAUUGUAGUUUAUGCCUCCCAGAGCUACAGUUCCCAGCAGCCUUAACAAACUGCGGUUCCUGGGAUUCUUUGGAGGGGAAGCAAUGUGCUUUAAAUGCAGGUGGUGGACACGAUUCUGGCCAUGAAUCUCCCCACCAUAGAUUUCCUAUAAUCUUACCUCUUUAAUAAACUAUUUCACAAUUGCCAGCAACUCUUUUGAGCCCAAAUCAGUAGUCCAGAUUCAAGAGGCAGCUCACCAGUUGACUUAACUAGCUAUCCAUGUGUUUAUUUCACAUGCUUAUUUCAGUGGGACUUGAGCCCACUGAAAGGUCAGCGGUUCGAAUCCCCACGACGGGGUGAGCUCCCGUUGCUCGGUCCCAGCUCCUGCCAACCUAGCAGUUCGAAAGCACGUCAAAGUGCAAGUAGAUAAGUAGGUACCGCUCCAGCGGGAAGGUAAACGGCGUUUCUGUGCGUUUCUGUGGUUUUGCCAGAAGCGGCUUAGUCAUGUGCGGACAAACGUCAGCUCCCUCGGCCAGUAGAGUGAGAUGAGUGCCUCAACCCCAUAGUCAUUCGUGACUGGACUUAACUGUCCGGGGUCCUUUACCUUUUUUUACUGAUCCCAGGUUAGUGAGCCUAGAACUGCUGCAUGAGAGUCAAAGAUUGCAAAAUAUCAAAUUUUAACGUAUCCAAACAUAUUUAGGAGUCACUAGGCACUGAAGACUAGUGUGAUUACCUAUUUUCAAGGCCAACAACCACCAAUAUCCUUAUACACUAGAAGACUAUCAGACUUUGCGCAGGAAAAGUGCCUCAAUUUAUUUAUUUAUAAAAUGCCAUUUACAUUGUAGGGCCAAUGGGGAAAGGGCCACUAGAGGAAACAAAGCAAGCAGCGAUAGCCUUAAUUUUCCAGGCUGACAAUGGUAUUCUGUCCUCCUGUAUCCCCUGGUAUUGCUGUCGCUUUAUGUUUCCUCUCUAAUGGCAUGAGCCAGGAUGUCAUAAUAUCCAAAAUCAAAUGUACCAGAAAAUGUAAUAAAUUAAGAGUCAAGCCAGCAGAGUAAUUGAAGAAUAAAACUGGAUGUUAAACAACAAUAGACCAUGUUAUGGGGUAGUUACGGAUCGACUGCUGUGCAGCAAAACACGCUGGAGGUGAGAGAGACUGUGUGAUUUUGCCGUUGAUGGCAACACUCCUCAGACUGCUUGCUUAAGUGAGGAAAUAAAGAGGGGGAAAUAGCUGGAGUCAGUAGAGCAGCAAUAUGGUAUCGCAGGAGGAUUACAAUGCCAAAUUUGUUGUGUUUCGGAUUUCAUAACAGCCUUUUAUGUACUGGUAGCCCAUCGCAAGGGUUCCACUCGCAUGAUCUUUCAACUGCUGGCAUGCAAUAGCUUUUGAGAGAGAUGUGUUGCUUCGCAUGCUGUGUACACACACUUUGUUUGCCCCCACAGCUACCCGUGAUCAAACAAAUUUUGCAGGUUUCCUAAACCAUUAAACAACCCUUCAUAUUCUGUUGACCAGAGGUGAAAGUGGAAGGAAUGUACACAUUAUGAACAGCAAUCCCUCUUUCAAACUUGCUAGCUGCUUCCAGGCUCUGGAAUCCUUAAAACAGAUCUGUAAAAAGGCAAGCAAUAUUGCCCCCUUGUUACCACCCACCCUUCACCAUAAGGCCCUUGGGGGGGGGCGUUACAACAGUUUAAUUCUUCUUGCAUGCCUGGAUGAAGGACAGAGAGGGAUGUGUGAAUGUGAAGAAACCAGCCUGCUGUACAAAGGUACAAUUCACAUUACUUUCGUUUGGUUUUUAAUUUGGUUAGAAGGGAAAAAUACAAGAAAAAAAUAAAAAGGAGAAUUCCCUGGAUGCCUAGAUCCAGCUUUGGGGCAAGUAGUCUUUGGUGAGAGAGCCCCAGCAGAAAUUUAAGAUCACACAACAUGCAGCAAAGUAAAACAUGAAAAUACAGGCUGUUAGACCUUUAAAAUACCCCCUUCUAAGUUGCUUCCAAGCUUUCUACUUUCUUUAGCAUAGAAAGAGACUACAUGUUUGGUAAGUUAAAAAUGAUUUACCGUACUUACAAACUCUUCAAAGGACAGAUGCAUGUGCUUUACCAUACAACAGCAAGAAAAGACAGGUAGCACAACUUAGGUUGGCUCCAGAAAGGUAAGUGUUUCUAAAUAGUUUGUAUAGAAACACAAAGGUGGCUGGCUAAAGCCACAUGGUCUAAGCUUGGAGCCAAGCUGGUAGGAUUCACAUGGUGGAAUAAUGGUAGAAAGUGGAAAAAUAAAGAGUAUAUUAGCUAUUCCUCCCAAAGUGAGGGAGUGUGACUUAGCUAAGCCUGGCAGGACAGCUUACUCUAUGGUCUUAACCCCUUCAUGCAUUAAUUAGAGUUAAGCAAGUUGGUUAUAUGAGGCUGGAUAUAUCCCAAAAUCUUUACCUCUGACCCUGUCUACUACAGUGGUACCUCAGGUUAAGAACUUAAUUUGUUCUGGAGGUCCGUUCUUAACCUGAAACUGUUCUUAACCUGAAGCACCACUUUAGCUAAUGGGGCCUCCUGCUGCUGCUGCUGCUGCGCCGCCGGAGCACGAUUUUUGUUCUUAUUGUGAAGCAAAGUUCUUAACCAGAGGUAAUAUUUAUGGGUUAGUGGAGUCUGUAACCUGAAGCGUAUGUAACCUGAAGCGUAUGUAACCCGGGGUACCACUGUACUAGCAUGUGGCCCCGGGGAGGUUGCCUAGGACCUAGAUAAAAAGCUAACUGUGAAUAAAAUAUGAACCUACCCCCUAGCAGUACAAUUUGGGAGCCAGUGGCAAAUUUUCCAUUCUUCUAUUUUUUAUUAUAUUUCUGUUAGAUUCCCAUUUCCUUGCAAGCUCCCUACUUCUCUAGGGACCUUCAGUGCUUCCCUUUCCCAUUGGGCUGAAGGGGAGUCUAAAUAUUUGCUGGGCGGGCCAUCUGUGCCCUUGUCUUAUUGCUGUAUACUGGGCAAAUCUCCUUGGAAUUAAGUUCUGUACGUUUUCAAUAGAAAUUGCUUUUAAGUAGGCGUUUUUAGGAUUGCAUGUCUAAUUGCAUUUGAGGGAGCUCAAACUCUGGGUUCCUGGCAUGUGACAUAAAAACCCUUCUGUGGAAGGCAGUCUCAUUAAAACUAAUGGGUCUUGCUUUCAAGAGAGGGCAACUUUGGACGUAGGCUUUACCUCAGUCAGUGAAUUAGUGCAACACAUACAGCCAUGUCAACCAAGCACUUUCUUAUUUAAGAACCUAAGAAGAGCCUGCUGGAUGCGGCCAGUGGCCCAUUGCAUGAAGAACCACUUAAAAAAUUUGUCCAGAAUUUGCCAACGUUUAAGCUUCAUUGGAUGUUCAUGAGUUCUACAGUUAUGGGAGAGGGAGAAAAGCUCUUAUUUAUCUGCUUUUUCCAUGCCUUGCAUAAUAUUAUGAACUUAUUUCAUGUCACCUUUUACCCACCUUUUGUCUAAACUUAAAAAUUCCCCAAUUUUGCAACCUUUCUUCAUAGGAGAGGCACUCCAUCCAUUUGAUCAUUUUGAUCCUUUUCUGAAUCUUUUACUUUUUUUUAUUCUUACACCUUUGCUGAAAAAAGCCAUGUACAACAUUUAACAUAAAAAACGAAGCACAUUUUACACAUAAACUAAAAGAAAGGAAAGAAAGAGGAAAGAAGGAAAGAAGACUUCUGAUUGAUUCUCUUUCAGCUUUAUAGACGUAUGCAAAACCCUUGCUCGAUAAUAACACCCAACUCUUCUACUUUCUAUAAACCAACCUUUUUUUCCAGUCUCCAAACAAGCUCAUUUCCCCUUUUGUGCAAAAAGUCCAUAAGGGCUUUUGAAUCAUUAAUAAACGUCCACAAUGAUUUUCCUCUAAUUAGACACAUCAAGUUGGCCAGCUCAGCCAAAGCCAUUAAUUUCAACAACCAUUCUUCCACAGUAGGUAAUGAUAAGUCUUUCCAUCUUUGUGCAUGUAACAAACUCACUACAGUGAAUUUUUCUGAAUCUUUUCCAACUCUACAAUCUCCUUUUUGAGGUGAGGUGACCAGACGUGUGCACAGUACUCCAAAUGUGGUUGUACCAUAUAUUUGUAUAGUGGCAUCAUGAUGCUGGCGAUUUUACUUUCCACUCCUUUUCUAAUGAUCCCUAGCAAGGAAUUUGCCUUUUUCACGGCUUCCGCACACUGGGUUGGCAUUUCUUCCACUAGCAGACAAUUAAAAAGCAGUUGGUUUUCAGUUGUGUUUUUAACCUCUAAGGACUGCUUUGCACAUAGGAAGUUCUAGAAAGUUGAGUUGUCAGAAUUUUUUUUCUGAUGUUUAGUCGGAAUCUCCCUUCUUGAGUGUUGAUGUUGACUGUGAGUGCGACAAAGAGGUGGCUGAUAACACAUGCACUUUCCAGGGAAUUCUGAUAGGUUGUUCCUAGUAACCUAGUUAUACAGAUAACGAAUCAAAGUUCGGUUAUGUAUACUGCGUAACAUAGCCCUAAGGGUGUUAUGGGAAGUAACUGGAGAGAUGUAUUUUGGACGCAUGUUUGUACACAUCAUAUGUUGGUUCAGACAUGAGCCCAGUGUGUAGGUUGUGGUGGUUCUUGGGGGCAAGCAUUAUGCUCGUGUGCUCUCUUCCACAACGCACAAAAUAUUUAAGAUGAACAGUUGUGUAGUGGUUAGAGUGUUGGACUACGACCUGGGAGGCCAGGGUUCAAAUCCCCACUCAGCCAUGAAGUUCACUGGUGACCUUGGGCCAGUCCCUACCUCUCAGCCUAAGCUACCUCACAGGGUGUUGUAAAGAUAAAAUGGGGAGAGGGAGAACUGAGUCUGCUAGUUGAGCUUCUUGGAAGAAAGGUGGGAUGUAGCUGAAAUAAUAAUACAGUGGUACCUCGCUUUAAGAACAGUCCUGUUUACGAACAAUUUGGUUUACAAACUCCGCAGAACAGGAAGUCGUGUCCCGGUUUGCAAACUUUACCUCGGUCUAAGAAUGGAAUCCGAACGGUGGAAGGGCACCAGCGGCGGGAGGCCUCAUUAGGGAAAGUGCGCCUCGGUUUAAGAACAGACUAAUAUUAAUAAUAAUAAUAUAUUUCUACCCUGCCCAUCUGGCUGGGAUUCCCCAGCCACUCUGGGCAGCUUCCAACAGAAGAUUAAAAAUAUAUUAAAGCAUCAGUCAUUAAAAACUUCCCUAAACAGGGCUGCCUUCAGAUGUCUUCUAAAUGUCAUAUAGUUGUUUAUUUCCUUGACAUGGGAGGGCGUUCCACAGGGUGGGCGCCACUACCGAGAAGGCCUUUUCCCUGGUUCCCUGUAACUUCACUUCUCGCAGUGAGGGAACUUCCAGAAGGCCUUUGGCGCUGGACUUCAGUGUCUGGGUUGAACGAUGGGGGUGGAGACGCUCCUUCAGCUAUACUGGGCCGAAACGGAUUAAAUUCGUAAAUGGAGGUACCACUGUACAGGAACUAAGAAUAAAAUGUAUGUAGUUACUUGGAGCUUGUCUUGUGUGACACACUGUGGUAAACAGAUCAAACAAGUGGGCCUACUCACAGGCAUUUAUACUUCUGAGAUUGCCUCUAGUCUAUAUUAUUAUGGUGACUGUAAUGUAGCAGAUACAGCUGCACCCCCUCACCAAUGUGUUUUACGUUGGGGAUUUUAGGAAUUUUCACUCUUUGACAAAAAUGUUGAAAAUCCUUGGUUUAAAGAUCUAAGUAUGCAACUUGCCACUGUACUUCUAUAUGCUUAAGUCUACUUUAUAGUUCUCUGGAUUGGGGGGGGGGGAUCAAGUUGGAGACCAAUAAAUAGCAAAAUCCUAUUAAGCUCUGCCUUAAUAGCUACAUUCCUCUGAGCUAAGCAUAGUCAUUGGAUUUAGGUAGCAUCCAUCAACGUAUUUUGCAAUGUUUUAAAUUAACCUAAUGAUGCAUCCAGGUUUUAUUAAAUCCAGUGCAAUUUUUAAAACAAAGGGGCCAUUCUUGCUUUUCUUAAGGUUGCUAGGUAAGCUCCUUCUUGAUGAGACAUUAUAAUAAUUCUACACAACUAGAAAUUGUAGGGACCUUUCUUGACAGUACAAGAGAGAGCUUCAAUUGUCCCUUGGCGGUUUCUAAUCGUAAAACAGUGAAACGCUAAACAGUAUUUCAUUGUUAAUACGGUUGAAGCAAUUUUGGACCAGCAUUGGUAAAAGAAGCUAUUAUUAUUACCGGUAUUAUUGUAAUUACUAUUUACCUACCUUUCACCAGCUGGUCCUAGGGCAGGUUACAGUUUAUGCCACUUUUGCAUUUAUAAAAAAGAAAAGAAAAAAGAAACUGAUACACUUUUUCAGUGUGUAGUAAUGUUCAUGUACCUUUAGCAGUUUCAUGUGCGAAACUAUGAUUGAUUAAAAUACCUUUUAUCCCAUUUCCUUUUGAAGCUUACUUGAAGGGUGGGAAGCAUUAAAAUGGCAUUAAAAAACGGUGCUCCAUAAAACAGAGUAAGUACAGUCAAUAAAUCUUGAGCAAUCAAGUCAUUGGGUUGCUAAAAUGAGAAAGCCCUGAAUCAUUUUGAAGACUUUGGAAACCCAUUUUAAGGAGAAACUUCCACAGCAUCAGACUCGGCUACAUAAUCCAUAUCUGCCUUUCCUAAUUCUCUUGUUGUUCACUCACUGUCUGAUGGCCUACUAGAUCAAGGGUAGUCAAUGUGGUGCCUCUCAGGUGUUGUGGACUACAGCACCUAUAAUCCGUGGCCACUGGCAGUGAUGACUAGGGUUGAUGGAAGUUGUAGUCCAAAACAUCUAGAGUGUGGCACAUUGGCUACCCCGGUCCACGGUCUCAAAGGCCAUUGUGGGAUAUUCAAAGGUCAACAAGGAAACAGACAGCAAUUGUCAAAAAUAGUUGAUUAUUUCUUGAACUAUGCUGCCAGGUCUUUCUUAAUUGUUUUGUUUUGGUAUGACCUCAUCCACAUUUCCACUGAUUCAGAAAUUGCAACAAACACUGGCAUUUGUCAUUAAUUUCCAUUCAAAUUUGUAUGACUAUUAUAGGUGACCUUAAAUUCCAUUUUCAGUUGACUUAAUCUGGAUUCAGUGAAUUGGUUUUUUAAAUAGUCAGAUUCCCCCCGCCCAAUGGACAUGAUAUUGAAGACUUCCAGAGGUUGUGUGUAAGUUAUGUCCUUAGUCCUGAAGGGGUAGAAUGGACUGUCCCACUUGAGAGUGCCAUUUUGGGCAGCAAUUCUAUGGUGUGUGCAUGUGCUUUUAAAAAUUGUUCCUACAGUAAAAAAAAUGAGUACGUUGGGGAGUAAUUUGGGCUAGAAUCACUCUGCCUAAUGUAUUAGGUUUUGUUUCAUUUUCACUUGCAGGUUUGUUGUUUUUCUGAGAUGUGGGUGCGUUGAAAAAACGGCACCCCCUGCCUGCAGCUGAACAAAUUAAAUCCACUUUAUGGCCUCAUUCUGCUUCAUGAGUAAACUAGACCUCAUUUUAUGGCAGUCAUGCUAUCAGACCUACCUACUCUAUAGGGUUGUUGUGAGAGGACAGGGAGGUUAACCCAGUUGUAUGCCGCCAUGAGCAUCUCUGAGGUGGGGGAGGGCACAAACGUGGUGACAGAAAUAAAUGAAUGCACUCCUGUGUCUGGAAAUUGCCGUCAAUGCAGUCUUUUGUUCAACGAAAAAUCCUUUCCUAUGGCACUACGGCUCAGAGCUUGUCAUAUCUGAAGUGGUUUAUAUCAGGCAGGAUUUCUGAUAGAGGAGGACAGGUGGGGGUCAGAGAGCUGUAGACUCCGAUUUACAUGGCGGCAGCAGAUGCCCUUGCUUAGAAUAUUAUUACAGUGACAAGUCUCGGGGGCCCAGUUGGUAUCUGUGUCCUGAAGGCCUGUAUGAAACGCUUUCAGUCUUGUUGCCAAUUUUCAGCGAAAAUUGCAAAACCCUGAUGCUGCCUCCCAUUCAAAUUGGAUGUGUGCCCCUGGACCAGGUAUAAUGGGGAAUGUUUUACAUCCUGAAGUUACUGCAGGAGGUGGACAGCUUAUAAAUAGAGCUGUUGUUCUGUUUUACAUUCAGCCAAAUUGACUUUGAGAGCUUGGUGUGGGCUGGAAGGAAUAUCAAUUGACAGCCCCUUUCUUGUUUAUCUGAGAGAAGUUUGAAGAUGAAGGAUGAAAAAAGGAAUUUUAUAUGGGUUUUUUGUGUUCAGAAUUUUGCUUCUCUGCUACAAUAAAGACAGCAGAAUGUGCUGAGUUGGUGUGCCUACAGUCCUCAAGAAGAAUUUGGUUUGCCAGGCCUCUUUAUCCUGCCCUCAGUACUCUCCUAAAACACACACACACCCUUGGCUAGGAAAGGGACCUUGUGGCCCACCGGAUGUUGUUGGACUACAGCUCCCAUAAUCCCUCACCACUGAGCACACUGACUGGGGUUGGUGGGAUUUGGAGUCCAACCACAUUUGGAGGCCUGCAGGUUCCCCAUCACUGUUCCAGGCCAUAUAUGAUGUCGGAUUUGGGGCAAUUGAUCAGCUGAUUGUUGGUGAUUACAGAGAAGUGUGUGUUUGUUCCAACUUAUGGCACAUUUCUCCAGUCUUUGCGGGGAGGGGGGCGGCACAGCCAGGCCACAAACUUAAACUGGUUUAAAAAUCUCUCUACUAGGGGAGCUGUGGGAAUUAUAGUUCUGUGAGGGGACAGAAGCCUCCUAAUAAUUCCCAACACCUUUAGCAAACUGCAGUACCCAGGAUGCUUUGGUGAAAACCAAAGCAGUAUAAAAUCAAUACGAAUGAUUAGUGUGGAUGGAGCCAAACUGAUGAAUAGCUGCUCACCUGGUCCCCACAUUGAAUAAGAAUUUCCAGCAAACAAUUAUGCAAUGAAGAUUUUGUCUGUUGGAAAAUAUUUGACUGCUUUCUCUCUCUCCAGCUCUUCAGGAUUAAUGUAUGACAUAAUUUUCAGACACACAGACUAAGGAAAAAAUGAAUAAAUCCUGAAGGCUACUAACUUUUCUGGACUUGUUUGUAAGACUGUUCUAACAGCACAUGCCAGGAGGUGCUCAUGGAAGGGAAAUUUGAAUCCCGUCCAUGUUCUCUUGAUUGCAUUGUGCCAUUUAUUUCCACUCUAUUCACAUCCUUGCAUUUUAGACAACCAGGUUAUUUUGGCUUAGUAGUCUAUGUUUGUUUCAAAACCACUGGUGCAUAUAGUGGUUUUGGGAUCACCCCCUACUAUAUGCAGUAAGCACAUGCUCUCAACAAGUACUUAAAAUUUGGAAUUGCAAGAUGGCAUUGCCUUGCUACACCUGGAGAAGCAUUUAUAUGCCUAAUCCUAGCCUGGAGCAUGUUUUUAAAGUCUUGAUUUAUUUAAUAUGCCCUCCAGGGAAAGCAGUUUGAAUACUAACGCCCUGUGGAUCCUUUUAACUAUGACAGGUGCCACUACAGCACGUACCGAGCAGUGGUUGUCAAGGCUGAGCUUGCAUUUAUGUGCCAUUAUGUGCGAGAACCAAUUUGCAGUGUUUAAAGCAGAGCCCGCAAUAGGUCGCUGUGCUUAGAGCCUGCAAUAGGUUGCUGUGGCUGGCACUCUUUUAAUUAUUCCACUGGUGUAUUUUGCUUAUACUAGCACGCUGGCAGCCUCUCCUCUCUCGAACUUCUGUGUUAUCAUGUGAUCUCCUCCUCCUCCACUGGGAAGAACAAUGCCUCUCGCCCUAUAGCUUUACACGUUGCUCAGGUAUGUUUUGCUCCUGCUUAAAUUGCAAUACAAAAGUGCGAGAGCACAGGAGAGAAAGGGGAAUCGAUAUUAAGGUUGCUUUGACAUUAGCAGCUUCUGUGGCAGCUGUUCUGAGCUAUCAGCCUACCUUCCUUCAGAGGAUUUGCAAGGAAUCCUACUUGGGCGUUCCUCCUCAUGAUCUGGGAAGUGGGAAUGGUGUUUUAGAGACUGCAUUCACGUUUGGGGGGGGGAUUGUUUUAGAGAAAUCUCCCCAGAAGCAAGAAUGCAUGGGAUCACUCCCCUCCAAACUGUCUUUGGAACUGAAGAGGGUAGACCUGGUAGCCUGAAAUGAGGUUCACUUUUAUGUUAACAUGCACUGUGCUUGAAAGGUAGCUUGUAUUCAUAUGGCUUUUGCAUUUUAUGUUUGGGAGUCAUUACCUUAAGAAAGGGAUAACAGCCCUCCAGAUGUUGUAUACUUCAACUGCCUUCAGCCAUAGCAAGCAUACAGGGGUGUUUUGUAGUUAAACCAAUGGCUUCAAGUUACAAGAAAGGAGAUUCCAACUAAACAUCAGGGGAAACUUUCUGACAGUAAGAGCUGUUUGACCAUGGGUAGGCAAAGUAAGGCCCAGGGGCUGGAUCUGGCCCAAUCACCUUCUCAAUCCAGCCCAUGGACGGUCUGGGAAUCAGCGUGUUUUUACAUGAGUAGAAUGUGUGCCUUUAUUUAAAAUGCAUCUCUGGGUUAUUUGUGGGGCCUGCCUGGUGUUUUUACAUGAGUAGAAUGUGUGCUUUUAUUUAAAAUGCAUCUCUGGGUUAUUUGUGGGGCAUAGGAAUUCAUUCAAUUUUUUUCCAAAAUAUAGUCCGCCCCCCGACAAGGUAUGAGGGACAGUGGACCAGCCCCCUGCUGAAAAAGUUUGCUGACCCCUGUGUUUUACAGUGGAACGCUCCCUCAAGAGGUGAUGGACUCUCCUUCCUUGGAGGUUUUUAAAUAGAGGUUGGAUAGCCAUUUGUCAUGGAAGCUUUAGCUGAGAUUCCUGCACUGCAGGGAGUUGGGCUAGAGGACCCUUGGGGUCUGUUCCAGUGCUAUGAUUCUGUGAUUCAAAACAAGAUGGAAGGCCCCAUAUUGGCUACCCUUGCCCUAAGACAAUUGCUGUUUCAACACAGAACAUCUUUGUUGCAUGUUAAGGCUUCUUUCAGGGGUGCAGAACUGGACCUAACCAGUGUGCCAGAGCCUUAAUUCCCCCACCUCCUGUGGGCCAACUUUGCUCUCUGACAGGUGAAUGGCCCUGCCUGUGAUGAUCAGUGGUUAUGGCAAAGGCCCUUUGAAGGCCAUCUGCAGGGGCAGUUUGAAUGGCUUGGUGGAAAUGGCCCUGCAGGCAAUGUUGAGACAUGUGCUGGCCCUAAUUUGGCCUGUGGGCUAGAGAUUCCUUACCCAUGGCUUAUACUUUAAAUAGUCCAGAAUCCCAGCCAUCAUGAUGCUGCUGUUAAGACUGACCCUCUCUUCUUUUGCUUUUAAAUUCAGCCCUAACAGAGGGUCCUAACUUCUCUGUAGUUAGCUUGGAAGGAGGGAGCGGAAAUGAGAGAGAUGUAGCAGGGAUCAGAAUGUGUAUAAUUUGCAGUGCCAGACAAGCAGAAAUACAUAUUUAAUGGGUCCCAAAGUAAGAGAUUAACUUUAUUUGUCAAGCUUACUCUAUUAUUUAUAGAGCCUGUACUUUUUGUAUUGGAAACAGGGGAAAGUGUUGUGCCUUUUAGGUACGAGAGCUCUAUCUAGUCUCCUAGGAUACAUACUCGGUAAUCAUUCUACAGUUACCUAUUAAAGUUCUUGACUGUAAUGAAUGCAGACAUCUCUCUAAAUAGUCUUAUUGUUAAAUCACCCCCUGCAGAAAGCUUUUCGUUUGCAUAUGUGUGUGAUGUUAGUGUCUGCUCCGUUUGGAAGGUUUUUACUUAAAAUAACACACUGUCAGAUUUAAAAAGAGAAAAUGUUUUAAAAGCAGGGGUGGAAAUUCUACAGCCCUAAACCUCAUUUCAUGUGGCCCUUAGCGCAGUUUCAUGUGGGUGGGGGAAUGUGAGACAGAGAGAAAUAGAGGAGGGGUGUGCUGGGGAGAUGACAGUAUGAAAGGAAAUAGGGAGUCCGAUGUAACAAUCAGGGCAGAUCACUGACCAGAGUAGGGAUUGGGGAGAAAAUCUAUUCAGUUUGCAUUUAAAGUUGGACUUGCUGAAUUCUCACUUUCUGCAACAAAAUGCAAAGCGAAACCCAGCCAUCUUUUGAAAUUCGAGCUUCUCCGAAUUUUGCAAUGCAGUUCUAAAAUUUAAGAAUAAUAAAGCUAAACGAUGCAUAGAAAAAUGCACAUUCUAUGGUAAAGUGUGCUCUAUAUGAUUUUAUGUUUUAGUGAAAACAACCUAGAAAAAUGCAUUAUAUUCAACACAUUUUUCCCAAGCAGUUUUCCUGUUAGGCAAAAUGGCAAAGAAAAAAAGUAUAUAUUAAGAUAAAUUCACAUCAAAACAUUGAUGGAUUCUCAUGCGGAUUUUGUUUUUAAAAAAUACAAACUGAUGUGGAAAUGUGGAGAACUGCAUUUAAGACUGGAAAAUUAACAGAUUUACUAAUCCCUAGGCAGCAACCUACUGGAUAAGAAGAAAAAUUGAGAGAGUAUAAAAGAGAAAGAGGUGCCAGAGAGAGACAGAGACAAAGGGGUGGUCUCACCCACCAGUGAUUCUGGCUCCACCCACCUUUGGUUGCAGCCACAGCCACUGCCAGACCAUACCUGGCAGAAAAUGGGGAGGUGGAAUGAGCUAUGGUCUCAGGGGAUGGUCUGAGAGCAUAUGAGGCCACCACUUGGCUAGAUCUGGGAUGGCAAACUCCCUGGGAACCACAUGUGCUCUGUCUUGGGUUCUGUGAUGGAAGAAGGGGCUGGGGGAUAUAUGCAUAAAUGAAUGAACAAAUGAAUGAAUCAAAUACCACUUCAGAUUGCAGGUAAAAUGGUGGCCACUUUGAAUGCUCUACCAUGUGAGUAAAUAUCUAACACCCUAGAUAUCCAGCACUCAUUCUGUUUCCUUCUUUUUACUUUUGCACUUUUAGGGAGGUGUGUGUAUGAAUUAAAUCUAGGGGACAUUCAAAAAGGCAUUCUGCUUUUGAAGUCUGAAUUGAUAGGAACCGUCCUCCUGUCUCAUCCCCAACUUAUUCUAUUGCAAAUGUAGACCAAAGUGGUGUCCCCUCCCAGAUUAUGAAUUUCAGAUUGACUUCUGAUUAUGAUUCUUUUGUGGUGAUUCUCAUGUUUUUAAGAAAUGAGAUACAUUGCCAACGAAAACAGGGUGCUAGACUUGGAUAGCCCGACAGCAUGAUGCAGCAAGCUCUUUUUAUGUUAUAAAAGUGGUGUUCAGAACUCCCCAUUGGUCUUGGAACAGGUUUCAGGGGAACACAACUUCCGUUCCAAGUGAUCAAUGGAAAGCAAGUUGUGUCAGCAUCUGGUAUCAUGAUGUCAUGCAAGAUUAAAAAUUAAACCAAGAAUGUGAGUUGGCCAUCUAUUCUGGUAAACUGUGUACUAUGGCAUUUUCCAUAGUACAGCCUUGCUUGACUCACCCUUUCCUAGACUUUGGCAAUCUGUGUACUGAAGCAUGGAAGUACUUUGUUUCCAAGAGCGCUUCUGUGAGCUGCAAGUGAUUUUGCUGAUGGGGGGGCCACAUGCAAAGGAAACUAGAACUCCUGUACCUUUUAGCAGCUAUGCUGAAGAGUGUAUGAAUGUGUCUUAUACCAGGUGAGAUUAAUGGUCUCCAACCUGCUGCCUUCUAGAAUGCUGCAACUAGAAUGUUUUGGGUCCCGAAUGCCGCAAACCCGGAAGUGAGUGUUCUGGUUUGCAAAUGUUCUUUGGAACCCGAACGUCUGACGUGGCUUCCAUGGCUUCUGAUUGCGUGCAGGAAGUUUCUGCAGCCAAUUGGAAGCCACGCAUUGGUUGUCGAACAUUUUCGGAAGUCGAACAGACUUCCAGAACAGAUUCCAUUCGACAACCAAGGUACGACUACCAUUUCCAUUUCCACCAUGUGUGUUUCUCCUUCUUGCAUACUGGGACAAGCGAAUUGUUGUAAGGGCAAGCUUACAGUCAAGCAUUGUAGUUGAGAUCAUAGAAUCACAGAAUUGUAGCAUUGGAAGGGACCCCGAGGUUCAUCUAGUCCCCUGGCAAAUAGACAUUCAUAGAAUCAUAGAAUCAUAGAGCUGGAAGGGCCAUCGAGUCCAACCCCCUGCCAAGCAGGAAACACCAUCAGAGCAUUCCUGACAUAUGGUUGUCAAGCCUCUGCUUAAAGACCUCCAAAGAAGGAGACUCCACCACACUCCUUGGCAGCAAAUUCCACUGUCGAACAGCUCUUACUGUCAGGAAGUUCUUCCUAAUGUUUAGGUGGAAUCUUCUUUCUUGUAGUUUGGAUCCAUUGCUCCGUGUCCACUUCUCUGGAGCAGCAGAAAACAACCUUUCUCCCUCCUCCAUGUGACAUCCUUUUAUAUAUUUGAACAUGGCUAUCAUAUCACCCCUUAACCUCCUCUUCUCCAGGCUAAACAUGCCCAGCUCCCUUAGCCGUUCCUCAUAAGGCAUCGUUUCCAGGCCUUUGACCAUUUUGGUUGCCCUCCUCUGGACACGUUCCAGUUUGUCAGUGUCCUUCUUGAACUGUGGUGCCCAGAACUGGACACAGUACUCCAGGUGAGGUCUGACCAGAGCAGAAUACAGUGGCACUAUUACUUCCCUUGAUCUAGAUGCUAUACUCCUAUUGAUGCAGGCCCAGAAUUGCAUUGGCUUUUUAGCUGCCGCGUCACACUGUUGGCUCAUGUCAAGUUUGUGGUCAACCAAGACUCCUAGAUCCUUUUCACAUGUACUGCUCUCAAGCCAGGUGUCACCCAUCUUGUAUUUGUGCCUCUCAUUUUUUUGCCCAAGUGCAAUACUUUACAUUUCUCCCUGUUAAAAUUCAUCUUGUUUGUUUUGGCCCAGUUCUCUAAUCUGUCAAGGUCGUUUUGAAGUGUGAUCCUGUCCUCUGGGGUGUUAGCCACCCUCCCAGUUUGGUGUCAUCUGCAAAUUUGAUCAGGGUGCCCUUGAGUCCAUCAUCCAAGUCGUUGAUAAAGAUGUUGAAUAAGACCAGGCCCAAGACAGAACCCUGUGGCACCCCACUAGUCACUCUUCUGUUGUGGCAACUGCAGCCCAGGCUUUUGGUGUCAUUUGGCGCCUAGCUUAUAUAUUAUUAUAUAUAUUAUAUAUAUUAUAUAUUAUAUAUAUAAUAUAUAUUAUAUAUUAUUAUAUUAUUUAUUAUAUUUAUUUAUUUCAUUUAUUUCAUUUCUAUACCACUUUAUAUUUUUAAGAAAAAUCUCAAAGCGGUUUACAGUAUAUUAAAAUGUCAAUAAAACAUCAAUAAAGCAAUCAAUAAAUCAAUAAAGCAAUCAAUAAAGCAAUCUGAAGAAAGUCAAAUGUAGAGUAUACAGCCAAAGCAACAUAAUUAACAAAAAACCAAAAUAUUAUCUUAAAGAUUUCAAAAUAAAACAUUACUAAGGAGGUCAACUACAGAAUACAUAUUUUACACAAGCAAAGUUAACAAAAAAAUUAAUCUUAAACUUUUUUUUAAAAAAAGUCAAAUAUAAAAUACACAUUUAAAACAGCACAAUUCACAAAAGAAUAAAAUAUUGACAUGGCUGUUUGGCAGGCACAAAAAGAUGGGGCAAAAUAAUCCUAUAGUUCGGGGUUGUUGUCAGGCAUAGUGAUGUCCCUCUGGUCUCACCAGGAGCCUCUUCCGUUGGGUUGGUGAGUGUUUCCAACACUGCUCUGAAGGCGGCCAAAUUAAGAAGGCUGGUCUACUGUGACUUGGCAGCGGCUAUGUAGGGUUUCCAAAAGGACACUUUCUCAGCCUUACCGGGAGGUACCUGGAAAGAACAGAGGACCUUCUGCAUGCAGGGCAUGUGCUGAGCUACAAUACAGGUGUAUCUCUACAAGCAAUAGCCACUGAAACGAGAGCCUUUCCUCCUUCUCUGCAAUGGGUCACUUGUUUGCAACAUGGGGCAAGCUUCUCAUGAAAAACAUGAUUAUUGCAGAUUACCAUGCUUUUCCCCAACGCUCCUGAUAUUUAAAAGUUAUGAUUGCACGGAGGAGGGAAAUGAUCUGAAAUUGUGAAUGGUUUAUUAGGAGUAGACAAGCAUAACAUGCAUUUGAAAAUAGGUCUGAAAAGUGGAGGGGCACCCUGGUUUGAUCUGACAAAUGCUUUCUUAGAAGGCUCUAAUGCUUUUCAUGGCUAUAGAAUUAUGAAGAUUAAAAUAGAGGGGUGUAUUAUGCCCGGCUAUUGACUUGAACAAAUACAGCAUUAUCGUAAUUUGUAUGUUCUUGUUCUCCCUUGGAUAUAGACAAGAGUUUACAUAAUCAUCUAAGGGUCAUUUGCCUUUGAGACGCCUGUCUGCAGGCUGUGUUUAAAAUCCUUUCUCUAAUAUUGAUAGUGUAGCAAGCUGCAUAAAGAGUUGUUAAUCUUUCCAAACAUGGCUUCUAUUUAAAAGAGCACUUGAGUGUCACGUGGACUUCGUUCGCAUAUUCCUUUUGCACUCCAUUCCUUUUUCCUUAGCAUAAAUGUAUUGCUCAGUUUUGCUAUUGCUUGGGGCUUUUUUUUUGGCCUAAGAUUAUCUUUAUUCCAGUAAAAUGUCUUAAUUAAUUUUUUCAGGGUGCCAGAAUUCACUGUUAACUUUCUGUGUCCCUACCCCAUUUCCUGUUCUGUUUUGUAACGAUUAACAGUGCAAGCCUGUACAUGUCUACUCAUAAGUAAGCACAGCUGAGUUUUAUUUUGUAUUUUUCAAAUAUUUAUAAACCACUAAGACUGAUAAAGUAUCAGACUGGUGCACAUAAGACAUAAUAAAUAAGUAUUAAAGAGACACCAGAAAUAGCACAGUUAAAGUAACAGUUCAAUACCAGAAGAUGAUGAGCAGAUGACCCCCAAGCCCACAGAUAAGCAUAUAUUGAAAUUUUCAGCAAGAAGAGGCUUUGGUAAAUAAAGUCUUAAGCAUGUCUCUGAAGGAGUAAACAAUAAUAAUAAUAAUAAUAAUAAUAAUAAUAAUAAUAAUAAUAAUAAUUUAUUAUUUAUACCCCGCCCAUCUGGCUGGGCUUCCCCAGCCACUCUGGGCGGUUUCCAAAAAUAUUAAAAUACUUUAAUACAUCAAACAUUAAAAGCUUCCCUAAACAGGGCUGCCUUCAGAUGUCUUCUAAAAGUCUGAUAGUUGUUGUUCUCUUUGACAUCUGGUGGGAGGGCGUUCCACAGGGAGGGCGCCACUACCGAGAAGGCCCUCUGCCUGGUUCCCUGUAACUUGGCUUCUCGCAGUGAGGGAACCGCCAGACGGCCCUCGAUGCUGGACCUCAGUGUCCGGGUAGAACGAUGGGGGUGGAGAUGCUCCUUCCUGGACCGAGGCCAUUUAGGGCUUUAAAGGUCAGCACCAACACUUUGAAUUGUGCUCAGAAACGUACUGGAAGCCAACGUAGGUCUUUCAAGACCGGUGUUAUAUGGUCUCGGCGGCCGCUCCCAGUCACCAGUCUGGCUGCCGCGUUCUGGAUUAGUUGUAGUUUCCGGGUCACCACGUAGAGUGCAUUGCAGCAGUCCAAGCGGGAGAUAACUAGAGCAUGCACCACUCUGGCGAGGCAGUCCACAGGCAGAUAGGGUCUCAGCCUGCGUACCAGAUGGAGCUGGUAAACAGCUGCCCUGGACACGGAUUUAACCUGUGCCUCCAUGGAUGACUCCCAGGCUGCGCACCUGGUCCUUCAGGGGCACAGUUACCCCAUUCAGGACCAGGGAAUCCUCCACAUCUGCCCGCCUCCUGUCCCCCAAAAACAGUACUUCUGUCUUGUCAGGAUUCAAUCUCAAUCUGUUAGCCGCCAUCCAUCCUCCAACUGCCUCCAGACACUCACACAGGACCUUUACCGCCUUCACUGGUUCUGAUUUGAAAGAGGUAGAGCUGGAGGAGGCCUUAUCUCAGAUGGAAAGGGUUGUAGUUCAGUUGUAGAGCACCUCCUUUGUAUGUGAGAAUGUGGCACUUGAACUGGGAGAGGUCUACUUUCUCUGCCUCCAUCACUUGUACCUUAGCAGGGCCAGAUCAAAAUGUUCUAUGGGGUGGAUCUAGCUCAUUAGCUGCCCAUUGAACCAUGCUGACUUGGCUGCAAGUUACAUGAUCUGUAAGUUGCACAUUUCACUCCUGGCAAUCCUUAGUGGAGAGGGUUCUCCAGAUUCUGAGUAGCUUAACAGUACACAGCCAUCAGUCAGGAGCUUGAGCUGUUUGCAGAGUUUACUGUCUGUUCUUUCUGUGCUGGCUGAUCUUUGCUUUUUGCUGAAAAAAAGCAGGUAAAACAAAUUGCACCUGCUUCGUUUAGAUCACACGGACAAUUCUACCCACCCACCCUUAAUCUUAUUCCAUUUUCACCUUACCAGAAAGGAGCUUGUGAACUAACUGGGCCUCUGGGGCUGCUUUUCAUACUUCUCAUACAGAAUUUGGGGGUCUUCCAGUGUAAACGUUCUAGAGCAAAGUUUUCAAAUGAAUUGUAUCUGUAGAACAUAGCUGUCAACUUACAGAUUUGAAAAUAAGGGACCAGCAGCCUUGAAAAUAAGGGACCAGCAGCCAAAAUAAGGGACCUGCAGCCUCACCUGUUCCAGUCACUCCAGUCUUCCUGUCCUCCUGCAGUCUGGUCAAACUCAUGCUGGGUAGCUUCGAGAACACUGUCCAACCAACUUUGUAACCAGAGGUUCAACUGAAUAGAAUCUGAAUCACAUGCACCACAAGGCCUAUGCAGCCUCAACUUAAGAUGGCUCCCUGGCCUGGCUUUGCACUGCAAAGUUUGCAGCAGCACGUGCAACAAAAUGGCAUCCAGCAUUCAAAAAACCCCUCAGCUUGCAUUAACUAGCCACACACAAGGCAUGCAAGCUCCACCCCCCAGUCGUUCUUAGACUUCUUAUUGGGUGAGCAACACAGCCAAGCAACACAGCUGGAGCCUCCCUCCUCCCUGGCCGGCAGGGAGGGAGGGAGAGGAGCUGCUUCCUUUGAAAUUUAAGGGACAUCAUUUAAGGGACAUUUAAGGGACAUCCAUCAAUAAGGGACAGAAGUGGGACAUGGCGCUGGAAUAAGGGACUGUCCCUUCAAAUAAAGGACACUUGACAGCUAUGCCGUAGAACCAAUUACAAAAGCAUUCCAGUGAUCUAUUGUUACAGCCAUUUUGCUGUGCUUGAAUUGGAGAAUAAGGAUGUUGCAUCGGUUGAGAAUGUUGGCAGGAUCAAGACUUACAGCAAGAGAAUCCAGUUUCAUGUUUGUUAUCCUUGAAAAAUAUUAAUGUACAGACAUGGGAAUCCUGGCAAUAGGUGAUUUUAGAAAUGGAGCUAUCCUGUCUUGCUCCAUCUGGACCAAAGAGGCAGAGAGUCCUGAAAGAUCUCUUGGGGCGGGUGGGUGGAGUUGGAACUAUCACCCAUUGCUGUGACCCUGCCAACAAGUUAUAUAUGCCAUGGAAUAACUUGGUACCUAAUGUGCUUUGCUAGUGGAAUGCUCUCAUUUGGAUUACUGUGACUAAUUCUUUUUUUUUUUUAAGGGACGUGGAACUUUGGAUUGAGAAAUUUUCCAGUCUCCUUUGAGAGACAAGUGCUUUUCUGAUGAUGCACAAGAUCAAAGGGCAUGCAUUACACUCUCUGCUUCCUCGUUUUUUUCAGAUUAGCUGCAAAGCAAAAGCUUGAAUUGUAAACCAGCUUGAGCUUUUGGAAAGGCAAGGUAAAAAGAAAAAUGUCUUAAAUAAAAGAUGCAGUUGUGUAAAUGUAUGAGUAAAUGGAACUGCAACCUUUGGUAAAAUACUUUUUUCUGCUUUAAAAGGUUCAGCGUUAACAGUACAAAAGGACUAUUGUCAUUUCAAUAAUCAUUUUAAAAAUCUUGCAGCUUUCUCUGUUCUGAUCUUUGGAAGCACACGCACUUGUCAAAAAGGAAAGGGUUUGACGGAAUGCAUUAGACUUUCUAAUCUGAAAGAGCAUCCCAUAUACCGUAUUAAGAGUUGUUGGACAGAUUGAAAUUCCUGUGCAAACAGAUUUUUCACCCUCCUCCCUCCCCAAACUCACUUGACCAGUGAGGCGGGGGAGGGGAGGUCUGGUUAAUUAUUCCCUUUCUUAAUUGCAUGGCUGCAAGCAUAAAACUCUACCCUUCUAUAUAUUCUGGCUAAAAAAAGGUUUUGGUCUUUUCUUGUCAAGAGAUCUUGUCUAGCUGGUUUGAGUUACUUGAUUGUAUAACAGAAAUUACUUCAUAACUAAGUCGUACAGGAAUUUCUUAAAUGGAAUUGGUGAGCGUGUGUGAAAUAGGGUAUGUACUUUUCCUUUUUGUUAUAAUUUGAUUGAUCAAUAUGCAGUUGUGAUUAAUGAACUGUGAUUACUGAAUUUCUUUUGGUGUCUUUAUGUUAAUGAUACAAAGCCUCAUUCCCCCCACCCCCAGGGUUCACUGUUACAUAUUUUUCUGUGGAUUAUGGUGCAUUGACAUGCAUAUUUCCUUUACAUCUAUGUUUCAGUAACUUUCAAUGCAAUCCUAUGCAUGUCUACCCACAAGUAGACAUCCACCAUAUUUUUCACUCUAUAAGACGCAUUUUCCCCCUCCUAAAAUGUAAGGGGAAAUGUGUGUGUGUGUUAUGGAGCGAAUGCAGACUUUGGGGCUACCCCAGAAGCCAGAACAGCUAGAGGGAGUGCUGCGUAGUGCUCCUUCUAGCUGUUCUAGCUUCUGGCUUAGCCGUGCGAAGCCUCUACAGGGCAGCGGGAUGAAGGCUCCCCUGGCUAUCCCUGGCUUUUGCGUGCGGCUCUGUCCCUUCCCCCAUCUCCCAGAAAAGCCCCCCAAAACCGCACUCCCUUUAAAGAGCGCAUGGCUCUUGCGGGAGGUCGGGGGAAAGCCAGGCUGCUUGCUUUCGCUAAAGCCAGGAGAACAAGUGGGAUCAGUGCGCACUGAUCCCACUUGCUCUCCUGGCUUCAGGGAUAGCCCUGCAAAGCCUCCUGAGCGAAGAGGGAGGAGCGCUCCCUCUUCACUCAGGAAGCUUCUUAUUUCUUGUUUUCCUCCCCUAAAAACUAGGUGCGUCUUAUGGUCAGGUGCGUCUUAUAGAGCGAAAAAUACGGAAAUUCAGUGGGACUCGGUCCCAGGUAUGUUGCUAUAGGAUUGCACCUCCCUCCCUCCCUUAUAAUAAUGGCUGUACAGUGCAUGCACAAGUGUAGUCUCUGGUUUUGCAGAUUGUAAAAACUGCCAGAAUUUUUAGUGCAUUAGUUAUUAGAAGAUGAUCCCGAGAUGUUCCCAAGACAUCAGAUUUAGCAUCAGGCACAGAACUCAGCACUGGUGAUAAGGGUGAAUUUUGGGGUAUUCAAAAUGCAAACUCCUGCAGUUUGAGAAGCGUCACCCCCAAUACAAGGCAAUCCCAGACCCUUCCAAAUUUGGGACAGGGCUUGGUUUGCUGUGUACCAAAGUUUAACCAUCACUUCUGCUGAUGCCAACAAAAUCUGGCUCCUGAUAUCGCUGUCCUCUUUUCUUCCUCCCAAACUUACUUGAUGGUGGGGCAGUUACAUAUUGGGGCCUUGGGAGCCCUGGGAAACAGCAUUUCCCAUGGCUCCUUGAGACUGGAAUGCUGCUACUGUAGGGAUCUAGGCACCAGAGGGGAGUCCGAGAGGGGAGACCUUGCUACCCCUGCAGCGCUGCCAGGGAAGGGAUGGCAUUGGGCACAGGAGUUGAUGGGAAUGGGGGAGGAUGACCCGAUCCUUGCUUUUUUGCAACUUUCCCUUUUGCAAGUUCUUGAAGGCUCAGUCGUGUUUUGUUUUUAGUGCUUGCAAGUCUAAAUCAAGGGAAGUUAAGGGUCAUUUCCUUAUCAGCACUCAGCAGCCUGAACAGCUUAGUUUUAUUUUAUUUUACCCAAACGGCUUUAAAUCCUUAUUUGUUGCUGUAUAUGCUUGAAAGGACAUGGGGCUGAUGCUUGCUGUGAUAUCGCAAAGACAUCAAGGAGGCUGGGUAGGAUUGCCAGUAGUGAAGGUGGGGGUAGGGCUUCGUCGUCCCACAAAUAUCCUUGCCCUACCUCACAAUGGCCACAAACAAAAUUAAGUAUUAAAUGCACAUUUCUUGGAACUCGGCGACUUACGUAGCUUGCAGAAUUUAGCUUACUGGGGCGGUAGGGGUGGGGGCAGUUUUGAUUCCCGUCCUUCUCUGCAGAGUACGCAGAGCUCUCUGUAUAAUUUAUUCUAGAACCUAAUAUUAGCUUUUCGUAAGACAACAUACAAGAGGUGUCCUUGAGAGAAACAGAAAGAGAGAGGGAGAGAGAAAGGAGUUAGCACUCUUUUUAAAGUUGCUGCUGUAAUUAAAGCCUGAAGCUUCUUGUUACUAUGGAAACGCCAAGCACCACAAAUAUGAAAUGCAGGUUCCAAGGCCUCCGUUAAAUGUGCCCUAAUAUUCUGCGUUCGUAAGGUUGAAGUUGUGCUUUCUGAAUGUGCUUCCCCCUCCCUCUCUGCCACCAACAGGCAAGAGCCCUUUUUGCAUUCACAAGCGCACAUGAAUCUUGGGGGGAAGGGGCAUUCACAAGUGCAUGCUGAAGCGGAGCUGUUGGGGGGAGAAGGGAUGGGUGGCAGGGAGACUGAGGCUGAGGUGAAGAACAUAAAAAGAGCUCUGCUGGAUCAGGCCAGCACCCCGUUCUCUCAGUGCCCAACCAGAUGCCUGUGGGAAGCUGACAAGUAGAACGAGAAACUAUGGAACUCACUCCCUCAGGGGGCAGUGGUGGCGCCGGCCUAGAUGGCUUUGAAAGAGGAUUAGACAAAUUAAUAGGGGAAUAGGAGGCAGUAUUGCUUCUGAAUACCAGUUGCUAGAAACCGCAGAGUACAGUGGUACCUUGGGUUAAGUACUUAAUUCGUUCCGGAGGUCCGUACUUAACUUGAAACUGUUCUUAACCUGAAGCACCACUUUAGCUAAUGGGGCCUCCUGCUGCCGCCACGCCGCCGGAGCACGAUUUCUGUUCUCAUCCUGAAGCAAAGUUCUUAACCUGAAGCACUAUUUCUGGGUUAGCGGAGUCUGUAACAUGAAGCGUAUGUAACCUGAAGUGUAUGUAACCUGAGGUACCACUGUAUUGUUGCCCUCAGGUCCUGCUUGUUGGCCACUGUGAGAACAGGAAGCUGGACCAGAUGGGCCACCGGUUCCUAUUCCACUUUUGCCACUGCUGAUAUGUUCACUUCUUCCCCCUGGGCCCAAUCCGGGCCUCUCCGAGAGGAGGAAGAUGAGAUGUAUAGAAGUUAUUGCUCCUCUCCUUGCUCACCAACGCAGCCUUGAGAGGGCAGGUGAACAGGCAACAACAGUAGGAAGGAUGAGUAGCAUCACAUGGGACCCCUAUUGGGGUCUGGGCCUCAACAGAUGCUCAAUGAUGCCAGCCUUGUCCAUCAACCAGAGGUCUAAUGGCUGCUAGGUGGUGUGUUGAGUGCUAUGUAUGUAGAAGCUGAGGGGGGGAAAUUGUAUCCCUUUCCCAAGGUACCAAAUAUUGCUGUUUCAGGGCUGGGCAAAUGUGAUGUCUUUGCACCCGAAACUUUUCAAUCAAACUAGACCUUUUCCUGUGAGGGCACCAGACUUUUGCUCAGCGUUCAGACUGCAAUAUUCCAUAAGGUGAGGAGAUGUGAUUCAUCUGGAGGCAAGGGGAAAAGGUCUGCCACAAAUUAUCCCAACUUCCCUUCUGUCUUUCGUAAACUUGGCACCUCUAAUCUUAGCCUUUGCUUCUGCCCGUCUAGCAGCAUUUUCAGCUUCCUGCUGUCAGCAUCUUUCUUGUGGCAAUGUAAUAUAUUAGUCAUUUAUACCCAGUUAGAACUAGGAAAGCUUAGCAUAAUGCUGAGCCUGCCUCCGAAUGCUUUGUAUAACAAUACUGAGCAACAUGGGGAUGGCUGUGUGCGGAUGUUUUCAAGUGUUUUUGUGGACAUCGGGGGCAAGCCCCUCCAGAUGUUGUGGGAUUCCAACUCCAACACCAAAGUGACCCCCCUGGGGUGCAAGCCUGGGCAGAGUGUAGGGAAGUUCUGGGAUGCCCAGAUGACAAGACCUACUCCCCCUCAGCCUCGCUGAUGUGGUCUAAAGGAAAGCAGAGCAAUACGUUUGGCACCAGCUUGGCUGCAGGAGUUUCCAGAAGCUAUAGGAGCCAACUCCUAGGGGCUGAGGUCCCUUCGCCCCCACACUAGAGGCUGCUGGCUUCCCAAGUUGAUGGGCAUUGCCAUUCAAUUGGUGGGUGGGUGUUCUGCAUCUUGUGAUGCGUUAUGCAGGGUGGGGCUUCCCUGCCCCCUCCAUAUUUUAUUCAAGUUGGCGCCCCCUGCCGGAUGGAGGUAUACAAGGCACCAUCUUAGGGACUCCACUCUGGAUUUGUGUAGGGUUUACUCCUUAGCCUUUUCUUCUCCCAAAGAUAUUCCACAAGGCAGCAGAGAUUAAGGCUUAGAGUUUUCCUUCUUCUAGAUGGGCUACCUUCCAAGACUGACAAGCUGCAUUUGCCCCUCACUUCCCUCUGCAGCACGUGAAGAAACCACCUUCUUGACUGUUGGACCCGCAGUUGGUCUCAAUCUGCCAGAGCCUCACAUGCAGGGAAGUUCCUAACUCACUGAGGGUUUGAGACCCAUUGGCUACCCUCACCUGGUUUAACUGGCCAGUUGAAGCCAUUUCCCAGGGUGUGGCUGCUGUCACAUGCUGACAGCUUCUAGGAGCCACAUGUGAGAGCUAAGUGCAGGGUGGGGAUCAAAGGAGGACAGACUACCCCAGAAGGAGCACGACAUGUCCCCCAACACAGGUACUGCCCUUACUCUAACACUCCAUACAUCCCAGCAUCAGUGAAAAAUGUUGUUGUUCUUGUUGUUGUUGUUUAGUCGUUUAGUCUUGUCCGACUCUUCGUGACCCCAUGGACCAGAGCACGCCAGGCACUCCUGUCUUCCACUGCCUCCCGCAGUUUGGUCAAACUCAUGUUGGUAGCUUCAAGAACACUGUCCAGCCAUCUCGUCCUCUGUCGUCCCCUUCUCCUUGUGCCCUCCCAUCUUUCCCAACAUCAGGGUCUUUUCCAGGGAGUCUUCUCUUCUCAUGAGGUGGCCAAAGUAUUGGAGCCUCAGCUAGUGGCUGGAUAAAAGUGGGCCCUGAUUAUUACUGUCAUAUAAUUAGCACACUUAAAUAAAAAUGGUGGGAGGGGUGGAAUCGAAAGAAUAUUCCUUACAGUUUUGCAUCAUUUGUCAUUCCUGCCCACCCCCUCGCCAUCAGUGCAUCUUCAAUCAUGGAACAGAUCCCCGUUGAGGCAAGCCAUGUUUGAUGGAGGGUGAAGUCAUCAGAAAUUGACGCAGAGCUUUGUUUUUGCUUUACAGCGCCAGAUGCUUGUCAUGAAAAAUAUGACAAGAUCAGAUAUGGAGCCGUUUAUGUUGUCUCUAAUUAUCCUGCUAUAUCAGUGCCUAGUUAAGGCAGCUGGCUAAGCCCCCAUGUAAGAUGCUGUAAUUCUGCUGAGUGCUGAGAUGGGCCGAGCAUCUGCUUCGGAGCUGCGGCAUAAUUAGGCUUAAAUCUGAACCCUGCUUAUAGGGUUUUUGUGCUUUUUUUUUUUAGUUUGAUGGUAGUCAGGUGACAUAUAGAUCACUGUCAGAACAGGUUCCUGUGGAGUGGAUGCUAAGGCAAAUGGAAAGCAAGGCAAAGGAAGUCUGAAGCCAGCGCAGUCAGUUGCUCCAAAGCGGAAAUGAUUCCCUAUCCUGUUUAAUUACUCCAUUUGUUUCAAUUAUUUAAAAUUCCAUUCAUAACUGAUUUGGAACUAGUCACUCAUUUCCGCCAUUUUAACUUGUUUUUGUGCCUUUGGUGGCAGACAAAGCCACUUUACUGGCGUGAAACUGUCAGACCGUAUACAUUUAAAGUUGUAUCAUGCCACUUCUAGCAGCCACGGCUUCCCCCCAAGGAAUCCUGGGAACUGUAGUUGGUACAGGAACCCCUAUUCCCACCACAGAGGUACAAUUCACAGAGUGGUUCAACAAUCAGUCCCUCUUCCCAGGGAGCCCUUACCUCCCCAGCUAUGACUCUCCAACACAAUUGGCUGAAAUUGAAGUGGGGGCACAUAAGCACUUUUGGUGGCCAGUUCAGCAAUCCGUGGGUUAGAGCAGAGUUUCUCAAACUCGGGUCUCCGGCUGUUUUUGGACUACAAGUCCCAUCAUCCCUAUCUAGCAGGACCAGGUCAGAGAUGAUGGGAAUUGUAGUCCAAAAACAGCUGUGACUGCCUGUGAGGUGAUCCAAGGAGACAUGGAGUGCAGAGAAGAAAUCAAGCAGAGUAAGUGCAUGUGAGAACCAGGCAUAGGCUGGUGUGAAUCAUUCAAUGGUUUUCAUCACGGGAUUGUUCGGUUGGCGCAGCCGCACCAAGCUCGGCGCCCAAUUAGCUAAUCUUAACACGACAGAAGCCGCAUCGUCAAUUGUGCCCUCCGGGAGAGAUGUUCCUUGUCAUACUAUUUCUUAAAAGGAUAAACGACAAGAUGUAAUUUGUUAGAAGCCACCUUCUUAAGGCUGCGCAGUGAUGCUCACUGACAAAUCGCAGUUACAAGUGGCAUCGUGAUCGGGAGCACGUCGUGCAAAAUUUAAAAGAAGAAGCAUCAGCCACGCUAUUUGGUUGUCAUUCUGAAAUUCCAAGGGGCUCAUUUCUGAGUGAAUUAUGUGUUUUGAAAGGCAGAUUUUAUAGCUAUUUCUCUCUUUCCCUUGACACUUGCUAUCAUCUUGCUUGCAAUUCUUUCACCAGUAUUAUUACUAUUAUAAUAAUAAAUCUACCGUGCCUAAUGUACAGAGUUUGUGGUGGGUGCUAGAUAUUACAUCAUGGGAGGCUUGUGGGGGGGGGAUAGCAAAAAGAGAAGGGGCCUUUUCAGUGGCAGCCCCUGGUUUAUGGAAUGCUUUCCCCAGAGAGGCUUGCCUGGCACCAAAAACAUCAUCUUUCUGGUGCCAGGGGGUUUCUCUUCUCUCAAGCAUUUUACCGUUAAAGUUAUACAGCAGUUGAUGGUAUUUUGGGGCUUAUCUGAUUGUCUCUGUUGGGGAAGGCAAGGAUUUGUUUUAUGGUCUGAUCGCUUUUUUGUUUGCGCUGUUUUUAAUAAUGUUGCACCAUGUAUCUCUUUGAGCCUUUCUGUGUAAAGUGGCUCAUGAAAAUCCAGGCUCAUCAUCAAGGUCUAGUUAUCAUGAGCAGCAGAUAAGAUUGUAAGAUACACCACAGUUCAGGUGUCACUUGAUUGAUUCUUCUUCCUUAUAAACAGAUUCCCUGUAUGUUGAAAACUAGUUGUCAUAAAGAAGGGUUCUAGCCUCUUUCUACCUGCAAGUUUUCUAUAUUCGGGGAAUAGGGACGCUCCUCUAUACAAAAAAUCAUUUUAGCCCUCAUCUGCAAUAAUAAUAACAACAGUUAUUAUUAUUUAUACCCCGCCCAUCUGGCUGGGUUUCUCCAGCCACUCUGGGCAGCUCCCAAUAGAAUUAAUGAUGAUAAUAAUAAUCAUUUUAAAAAAGCAAUAAAACACCAGACAUUAAAAGCUUCCCUAAACAGGGCUGCAAUCAUAUUUAUCUGUGUGCUGUUUUAUGUACGCAUUCAUUCAUUCUCAUAUAAGCACAGCGCAGCAAACACGGCAUGCUAUUCAUCCCUUUUUUACCUUCACAUCAACCCUGUGAGGUAGGCUAGUUCAAGAAGACAGUGACUAGCACAAGGUCACCCAGUAUGUUUCAUGAAAUAGGCCCAAAUGACUGAUGGAAGGCACCCGAUUACCUGAAUCAUAUUUGGCAGGUGAUAACUGAACUGUUGCACGCAGGGUACAUGUACAAUGCACUAUUUUUCCACAGGGAACAUCUGGUAAUCAUUUCAGCUGUACAUAACAGUGCCUCAUCAUGACUUGCAGGAGCCUUAUACUCCAAAUUCAGGAGGGAUGAGCCUUGUCACUUAGGAUAGCACUGUGAUGUGACCAAUCUUCUCUCCAGAAACCUUGAUGGGUAGCAAUUUAGCGCUAUGGUUCAUAACCUAUGGCUCUCAGGAUUUUGCCGAACUACAACUCCCCUAAUUGUCCAUGACUGUUGGCUGUGCUAACUGGGGCUGAUGGAAGUUGGGAGUCCAAUAACAUCUGGAGCACCUCUGGUUUCCCAUCCCUGGUGUAGGUGAUGACAGACUCUCCUAGUUGGAAUAUAAAUGCCAUUUACUUCCUCUUCCCUGCUCAAGUUUACUAUGCGUCUUUGUUCCUUUACCAUUCAAUCAACAUUUUUUUUGUUUUUAAAUUGUGAAGAUAAAAACCAUCCUCUCUCCAACUACGGUUUACAUGGCUCCAUUAUGUUGGUACCUGCCUCUAUCAUCAGUGAGGGAUGUUUUUCUCUCCUUGCUGGGCUAACGAUGAGAGCAGCACAUCUAUUACGUUUGAGAAAUUGGGGUUCUGUGCUAAGAAAUGUUCUCAUUUUGCAGGCAGAAUGUCUUACGCUUAGAGUGGGAGUAAAUUUUGCAUAAAAUAAAAUUACAUGUUUUAUUUUGGGUGCAUGCCCAGAUUGGCAUGGCUCUUUCCUCCCCUCCUCCACCCACUUGUCAUGUGUGCGAAAAGAAAAGAAAAAUGAAAUUGUAGAACAAGCACAUUAUUUUUGUCAGUCCAUUGACAAGCUAAGAACUGACUUUCAUAGCAAGUCUAAGAGGCAUGACAACAUUCAGAUAUUUUACCACCUGCCCAUCGCUUGCCUCAAGCAAGGUACCGUAUUUUUCGCCCUAUAGAACACACUUUUCCCCCUCCAAAAAUGAAGGGGAAAUGUGUGUGCAUCCUAUGGGGCGAAUGCAGGCUUUCGCUGAAGCCUGGAGAGCGAGAGGGGUUCCUCUCGCUCUCCAGGCUUCAGGAAGCUAUCUGCAAGCCUUGCGAGCCCGCGGGAGUUCCCACCGGGCUCGCAAGGCUUGCGGGCAGCAGCCUGCACCCCGAAGCAUGGGGCGCGCUCCGGAGUGCACCCCGGGCUUCGGGCAGAUGUCCGCAAGCCUUGCGAGCCCGGCGGGAACUCCUGUUCUGGGGGCUGGGGUUGGGGGAAGCUCGGGCUUCCCCCGCCCCAGCCCUGUGGCUGGGGGGGGGAAAUAAAUUUUUAUUUAUUUAUUCCCCCCAAAAAAAAACAACUAGGUGCGCCCUAUGGGCCAGUGAGCCCUAUAGGGUGAAAAAUACGGUACUCAGAAGGAUCUCUAAGGCUCAACCAGGAAAUAGUCAUUAGAAUAUCUAGCAUGCAUUCUUUAAUCCUAUGCAAAAAGUACAGUACAUGAGCAGCUUUUGACCUCUGAGGGGUUGCAGAGACCCCUAUCUUUAAGUGGAACUAGCAAAUCUGCUGUCUAAAAUCUUUCAAAGUAAAACACAAAAAUGUGCCAAUAAAGUAUCUGUUUUCUAUUUGGGUAUUGCUUGAAAAAAAAUUAAUAUGGCAUGCAAUUAUUGGGAGCAGACAAUGUUGGGCCCAAUAUUAUUUACAUGAUUAAGAUUGCAGGGUGUACGUGUGUGUCUAAAUUCUUAGUACAGCCGAACUAAAGGAAUUCUGCAUUUUUAAAUCUUAAAGCAUAAUGGGCUUAAAUUGGAACAGCCAGGUCAGAGAGGAAAAUAAACAAACCAGUUAAGAAAGUUAAAAACAUAGUUGGAAAAACAUUUAGACGCUACCUCACCCCUGUCUUUUCCACCAAUUGUUCAGGUGUUUAGCAGAUAUCCUCAGUUACGGAAACAUCCUGACAGUCUACCACAUCAAAUCAGUUUCCUCCAAAUAUUUUCAAAACAUCUAAUGCACAUGUGAUUUCCUGCCUUAACCAAAUGGUGGCCGAAAGGGAAAUGACAUUUCAAGGCUCUGAUGUUAUAAGGCAGAAUCAUGAUCACUAUGUAAUACACUGAAUUUUAUGGUCAGAGUUCCCGUUUUUUCUCUUGCUUGGAAACCCACACUGUUGGUACUCAUAAGGAAAAGUUUCCAUCAGCCACAUGAGGAAUGAGAAAGAAAGGAGCAAAGUGAUUCUCACAGUAGCUGCAAGAGGAAUUCAUUGCACACCUUAGAGUUGUGCAUGCCAGUUCAGAUAUUGGCACUCUGAAUCUGCCCCCAUUUGUCAUCCAUCUCUGCUGCUGCCAGUCCUGUAUCUUGAUAGCAUCUCCUUUUAUUCCAAAGCAAUUUAGUUUGCAGCCAAUGGAAAAUAUGGUUUGCCUGAGAGGGUAGUUCAGGCAUAGGCAAACUCAGCCCUCCAGAUGUUCGGGGACUACAACUCCCAUCAUCCCUAGCUAACAGGACCAUCGGUCAGGGAUGAUGGGAGUUGUAGUCCCAAAACAUCUGGAGGGCUGAGUUUGCCUGUGCCUGGGAUAGUUCAUGAAACCUGCCAAGGGAGAAUGCGGGAGAGAGUCCAUGCAAAGGAUAGCAAACUCAGAACUAAAGCUGCCCUACCUGCCCCAUGAAGCUUUUGAGAAUGGUCCUUUGGCACAAUUGUCUGGGAAUCUUUGAUAAGAACCUAGGAAUCUGCCUUAUACCGAGUCAGAUCAUUGCUCCAUCUAGCUCAGCAUCACUCGGCAGGGGCUUUCCAGGAUUCCAGGCAAAGGUUCUCUCCCAGCCCUACCUGGAGAUGCCAGGGAUUGAACUUGGGACCUUCUACUUACAGGGAGCUAUGGCCUCUACUGUGCAAAAAUAGGCAGAUUUGCUUGAGUUGCAUCAUUAUUUGGGAAUUCCUUUUUGUGGUGCAGAAUCUGGAUUGCUGAGACACUGUAUGAAUAUUUUUAGCACAGAGUAUGCACUGUGCUGAUAACAGUGAUCUUCCUUUCAAGGUAACUGAGAAGAAGGGUGGUGAAACAAGGUGUCAUUACAGGACUUAAAGUGUCAAAGUCGCACAGGGCUGGAGCCAGAAUGUAUUGUAGCAUAUCUGGGCUAGUUUAGGCUGUGCAUAGCACACCAUUAGUUCCCCAGGUGGGGGAAUGCACAUUUCAGUCCACAUCAACAGAUAAAUUGAUUUUGGGAUUGAGUAUCAUUGUGCUUAUCCAUAUUUGCAUUAAUUGCACUCACAGAUCUCCUUCGCUCGACUGGGGCAAAUACAUCCGUUGUCAACUAAUGCCAGGAGCAUUUGUCAUUUCGACAGUAUUCCUAUUAAAAAUGGAUUUGCAGUUGUCUUCAUGAUGGGUUUGCUGUGCUGUUCAGCUAUGACUGAAACGUAUAAUACAAGAUACAAUAUUUGUAUAAUGCAAUAUUUUGCUGAAACGUAUAAUACAAGAAUAUGCCUCAGCUGCUUCAAUCUGGAAUGUUCAAGAGCCUUAUAGAUUGCAUAGCUUUGCAUAUUUGCUGGGAAAUAAACAUUUUUAGGAUGCACCAUGUGUAUUGACACCCCGCCCCUCUGGAAUUAUACUACCUGAUAGGAACAAUCUCCAAACCACUUAACUUUCCAUUGAUUUCAAUGGAACUGCUUUAGAUAGAAUGAUUUUGCUGAUGGCAGCCAUACAAGGCAAUCCUUUUAUAACCAAUUUUUUGCAUAAGUGUGAUGAUGCAUGUUUUUGCGCAGAGCAGUGGGUGGUGUAUAUGAUGCCUUGUUCCGGUUGUUUUUUAAGAUAAUUUUUGAUUUUGUGCAUAAAUAAAAGGCUUACACACAAUCAUGAAAAAAAGUAGAAUCAAUGCGACUAAUUUGCUUAUGACUAAGUCAUCUGGAGGAAUGAAUUGCUACUAUGGAACAGUUUCCAAACGCAAAAGGUUACCUACAAGAAAACAUGCCAAUGAGAAGCCUCUACAGUGGUACCUCGGGUUACAAACACUUCAGGUUACACACUCCGCUAACCCAGAAGUAGUAUCUCAGGUUAAGAACUUUACCUCAGGAUGAGAAGAGAAAUUGUGUGCCGGUGGCAUGGCAGCAGCAGGAGGCCCCAUUAGCUAAAGUGGUACCUCAGGUUAAGAACGGUUUCAGGGUAAGAACGAACCUUCAGAACGAAUUAAGUUUGUAACCAGAGGUACCACUGUAUUCCCAAAGCAGUAUGAUAUCCAGGAUUACCAGUAGAAAUGGGGAGUCCCCAGCUGAACUCAGCCCCAAAAUCACUAGGUUGCCUAAGGCAAACUAUGGUUCUUUCCGUUUCCUGUCUCCCUUUCCCCCUCUGCAGUUUGGGGCUAAUAAUACUGCAGUCCCCCACAGCAGCGACCUCUAACCACCCCAGACCCCCAGCCACCAACCUGUGUUGCUUUCCCUGUUGUUAGCCUUCCUGUUUAAGACCACGGCUAGUUAACACGUGCCAGGGAGGCGACCUCAUUAACAUGCAAAUACAAAGCUACUUGGCUGGGACUGACAUUUUAAUUAUCUCCCACCAGUGUGACUUUCUCUCCAUCUCAUCGUAUCGCGUGUUUUAUUUCAUUAGAAAAGCCAGGGUAUUGGCUGUCAGCUAUUAAUUAUGAAACCUAUUUAUAACAGUAGCCUGUCGACGUGACUUGCUCUUUGUUCCACAAAUCAAGUGUGUGUGUAUUAUUAAUGCGCUCGGAGCAGGCUUUUUGCUAACCACAGCUAGCGCAUUGGAAGCCACGCAAACUUCGCUCUCCUCCUCAAAUUCCCCUCUUAAGCAGUUUUGCCGGCAUCAGCCGUAAUCGUAGCUAAGACCAACCAGGGUUUCUCUUUAAGCAAGAAUCUGAAAGUACAGUUUGAAGUCACAUAGGAAGUUGCCUGGGACUGAGUAACCAUUGGUUCCUCUAGCUCAAUGUUGGCUGGCAGCAGUUUAUAAGUCCCUCUUCACAGGGAAUUCUGGGAAUGGUACCUCUGUGAGGGGAAUGGGUGUGUGUGGCCUAACAACUCCCAGCACUCUUUGAACCAACUCUAGCUCCCAGAAUGCUUUGGGGGAAGCCAUGAGUCUUCCUAGUGGUAUCAUAGUCCUUGUUCAAGGAGGCAUUGCGGCCAGGCAAAAGCACCGAAGAAGGACUCAAGAGGAGGGCCAGUGAAGGGUGCAGCUUCCGGAGUGGACAUGGUCUGGGAGACUUCCAAAGGCCAGAAAGAGAGAGCCACAUCUGACCCCCAGGCCUGAGGUUUCACAUACAGUAGAUACCAAUGAACUGUCUAACCACAGUUACGGGGUAGGUGUGGAUUUUGUUUCAAGGUAAGAUAAAGUCUGCAGAGGGAGAGCUCUGGUUUCCUAGCCUGAUCUCCUGAUAUGGCUCACUGUGGUUACUGGAGAGCUUUCUUUACCACAGGUUUGAAACAAAAAUCCUGGUUUGUAUUAAGCUAGCGCUCCCUGGGAUGCUAGCGCUUAGCCUGGGAAUUGUAGCUUAGUGUUAGUUAACAAACCAGGAAAAUAAACAGAAGAUUGGGCUAUAUAAACACCAUACAUUUUAAGCUCCUGGUUUCCCCAAGAGAAGGCUGGGAAGUGUCAUUUGUUAAGGGUGCUGGGAAUUGUAGCUAUCUGAGGAAUAAACCCCAUUUCCCAGGAUUCUUUGGGGGGUGUCAUAUGACCAGUAUUAUGUCUGCAUUGGUACACAGCACAUUGCACAGAUAGAUGACAGCUGGGAAAGAUCAGAAAUGAGGAAGACCAAGUAUACUUAAAAGACUGGAAUAAUUUUCUAACAUAUUUGAGAGACCACUGUAAACAGUUGAAAUCAUUGGCAGGAAUAGAAUGACACUUGUAAAGUAAUAUGGAUUUUGGAUACCAUGAUUAUAUGAUAGAUUACAGUAAAAGAUGCAGGAAAAUGUUUAGAAUUGGAACCCAUGGAGGGAGGGAGGGAGGUCUCAAGGUUCUAAAGAACCACUUUUUUAAGGUUUGAAAAUGUUAUGUGUAUGGUGUGCAACUUUGAUGUAAAACUAAUAAAAAUGUAUAUAUAUAAAACCUCAGAUAUGCGGAUGACACAACCUUGAUGGCAGAAAGUGAGGAGAAAUUAAAGAACCUUUUAAUGAGGGUGAAAAAGGAGAGCGCAAAAUAUGGUCUGAAGCUCAACAUCAAAAAAAUGAAGAUCAUGGCCACUGGGCCCAUCACCUCCUGGCAAAUAGAAGGGGAAGAAAUGGAGGCAGUGAGAGAUUUUACUUUCUUGGGCUCCAUGAUCACUGCAGAUGGUGACAGCAGUCACGAAAUUAAAAGACGCCUGCUCCUUGGGAGAAAGGUGAUGGCAAAUCUAGACAGCAUCUUAAAAAGCAGAGACAUCACCUUGCCAACAAAGGUCCGUAUAGUUAAAGCCAUGGUUUUCCCAGUAGUGAUGUAUGGAAGUGAGAGCUGGACCAUAAAGAAGGCUGAUCGCCGAAGAAUUGAUGCUUUUGAAUUAUGGUGCUGGAGGAGACUCUUGAGAGUCCCAUGGACUGCAAGAAGAUCAAACGCAUCCAUUCUUAAGGAAAUUAGCCCUGAGUGCUCACUGGAAGGACAGAUCAUGAAGCUGAGGCUCCAAUACUUUGGCCACUUCAUGAGAAGAGAAGACUCCCUGGAAAAGACCCUGAUGUUGGGAAAGAUGGAGGGCACAAGGAGAAGGGGACAACAGAGGAUGAGAUGGUUGGACAGUGUUUUCGAAGCUACAAACAUGAGUCUGACCAAACUGCGGGAGGCAGUGGAAGACAGAAGUGCCUGGCGUGCUCUGGUCCAUGGGGUCACGAAGAGUCGGACACGACUAAACGACUAAACAACAACAAUAUAUAAAAAAGAUAGAUGACAACUGAUGUUCCUCUUGAGUUUUGUUUUAAAUUAAGAUGUUUCUCCUGCCUUUCCAUGUCCGCUGCAGCUAACGACAAAAUAACAAAACACAUUGCAAACCCCAAAAAUAUGAAAACACAGACAUUACUAAUAAGCAGCAGUCAUCAAAACCGUGUGGUGGUGUUGUUGUUGUUGUGUGUGUAGAUUAUAGAGCGCACAGAGUUUUAAUUGCUAAUCACUGAGAUGGACAAACUUUCCACAUACGGCUUUUGAUAUUGCUGACUAUAAAAUGCAUAACAGGGCCGGGUGGUAGUGGUGGAAAUGGAGCCAAAUGUCUCUGCAUGUAUGUUCGUGUUUCCUCCUGUUUUAAAAGGCAGGUUUGAUGAAUGGGGUCUUCUAACCUCUAAUACACAAUAGGAGCAUUUGUUUUGUGCUAAGUCAAUGAAAUGAAUUGUUUUUGUUUUGAGCUUAAGUGCUCCUGCUGCCCCACGUAGCCUCGCUUGUAGCCAAAAAAGCACAUAAUAGCUGGUGCAUAGCACUGGAAAAUGUUUUCGUUGUGGGAAAAUAAAGGGCCAAGCGCUAGGCCUUCCCAUUUCCGUAUAAUGUUUUGGAACGAGUGUUCUGUGACACCAUUGGAGCGCUGGAAAAGUACAGAAUGUGGUGCCUCUGUGUGACAAAUGCAGCUAUGAUUCUUUUUACAGCAAACUUCUAGCUCUUAACAGCUGUCAAGGAAUGUUUAAAAGUGUGCAGGCAAUGCCAGGAGCCAGAAGAGAACAUUUCCAGCUGUUGGGAGUGGGUUUCAGUAUACAACAUAGCCUAGGACUGAACUACAGCUUACGUGCAAAUACGUGAAAGAAAAUCCUGGCAGCCUCUUGUAAGGAAAAGCAGCUUUGGAAAGUGGAGUUACAGGAAGUACGGAAAUGUGCGCACACUGCUGCUGCUCUGUUCUGAAUCACACACACGCAAUGCUCAAAGGGGGCUGUUUUUAUGAAACAUGUAGAUAGGCCUCUGUUGCCUCCCUAACAAACCAGAAUGAACGAUGUAAAUAGUAAACAAUGUCACGAUAUUAUCCAGAAUAAGACUAACCAUGGAAAUCAUGCAUAGCAUGGAGAAAGUGGACAAAGAAGAGAUUUUUCCCCUCUCUCAUAACACAAUAACUCCUGGGCAUCCAGUGAAGUUGAAUGUUGGAUGAUCAGUCCAAAUAAAAGGAACUUCUCCCGCAGGAGGCAGUGAUGGCCACCAACUUUGAUGGCUUUAAAAGAGGAUCGGAGGAGAGGGCUGUUGAUCUAUGAUGGCUCUGCUUUGCUUCCACGAUUGGAGGCAGUAAUGUUCCUGAAUACCAGUAGCUGGAAAAUGCAAGAAAGGAGAGUCCUGUUUGCGGACUUCCCCCAGGCAUCUUGUUGGCCACUGUAAGAACAGGAAGAUGGACCCACCAGGCUCUUCUUAUGUUCUUUAUGUUAAAACUGCUCAUUUUGCAUAAUGUUAAACGGGUUGUUGCAGUCAGCUUUUAUCGGCGCAGAAACUGGGUUACACGGACACCUAAUUUUAAUUCAGUUUUUAGGUUUGUGGUACACACACACAAUUUCAUGUCCCCAUUUUCAGGGUACAAAAGUGGUGGAGGAUUUCAGUGGCGGGAUGCGGACAAAAGCUGCUGGUGUUCUUUUCCCUCCUGAUGGCCACCGUUUUGGUUGCCCCCAAAGGCUGGUGGCAAUAUCAUUUUGGAGUGAUAGAAUAGCAGCUACCAGUGGGAGGAACUAGUUGAAGAUCUGUAUGUUGCCCAUAGCCAGCCAUGGAAUUUGCACCCUGCCCCCAAAAUGCAAAAAUAGGGAAGCAGAACAGCUUCCCUUCAUGAAAUUUCUCCCUCCAGAUUCAGCCAGAGGUUGAGCUCAAGUUUAGUACACACAGCAGUGCUGAACACAGUUUCUCUUGCAUGAGGUCUUCUUGCUCACUCUUUCAGUGAAUCUCAAUAAUGAUUAUCUUUUUUACUUUUUCAGAAAAAUGACUCUUUGCUAAACAGAAAAAAACCAUGAACAAAUAAAACCUCUACAAGCAAGUUCUCCAUUGACGAGGAGGCCAGACCGGAGUGCUUUAUAAUGGGCACCACAAAUGAGGAGAUGGUCUCGGUGGAGCAGAACUUGAACCCUCUGUGCUUUGAAUGUGGCCAACAGCAUUGGACAAGGGAGAACCACUUGUACAAUUAUCAGAACGAUGUAGACGAUGACUUGGUCUGCCAUAUUUGCCUUCAGCCCUUGCUACAGCCAUUAGACACCCCUUGCGGCCACACAUUCUGCUAUAAGUGCCUACGGAACUUCCUGCAGGAGAAGGAUUUCUGCCCUCUGGACCGCAAACGGCUCCAUUUUAAGUUGUGCAAAAAAUCCAGUAUCCUCGUCCACAAACUGCUUGACAAACUCUUGGUGUUGUGCCCCUUUUCUUCAGCGUGCGAGGAAGUGAUGCAGCGGUGUGACCUGGAAGCACACCUCAAAAACAGGUAAGUAGGAAAGGCCAUCCACCAGUGAUAACUUAGAAGUUCUGCAUCUUUCAGUCACAUUUGAAAAGUGUGGGAUUGAGCCGUCAAGACUAACAUGCUUAUAUGCCAUGGAUGUCAAUGUGAGUUGAAGUAUGCUUUUCUUUCUCUGGAUUUCGUAUGUAUGUGUAUUUUGGACUGAAACCCUUUUUCUUUUCAGGGGUGUUGUUCAUUUAUUAAUUUGUGUUGCUGUUGUUGUUUUUUAAACACACCUCACUUCUUAUUGCACAGCAAUCCCAGGUCAUGAUACAAUCAAUAAAACCAUUUUAAACUACAGUACUGGCAAUAACAUCCUAAAGCAAGGGUGUUCAGGGUUAAUCCUCUCAGACUUUCCUUCACUCGAGUAAGGCACUGAAAAACCUGGAAAGACCUCUCAAAAGCAAGCCUGGUGCCAACUAUACUACCAUCAAGAUCAGGUCUUUUUCUAGAGGAUCACCUGCUGUGGAAAGAAGUCAACUACAUCCUCUGGGUGAAUUUAUGAACCAUGUUGGCCCCUGAUAAGCCUAGGUUCAUGACGUAUCAUGAGCUAUUGGGAACAGGCUGCAUACUAAUGCUUUCUGCCCAAUCUUCUACUUCACUCCUCCCUGGGCACAAGGAGGAGGGGGGAGGGAAACAGGAAACAACAGUUAAGUUUGGUCUCCCACAAUGUCCAAAUCCAAGAUUGUGGUUUGUGUCUCCCCAACAAGCUGGUAGUCAUAUACCAAAAGCAAAACAUGGUUUAGGGCUGGCUAGCUAGCCUGACUUGUUAGGGAGAACUAAACCAUGAUUCUGGGUUCAGGUGUCCUGGGAAGUCAAGCGUAAUUGUGGGCGUCCAAGCUUUUUCUCCCACUCGAGCUAGGGGAGGGACAAAGAAGAAGCAAGUACCCACCAUGUUGCUUGUUCCCAAUAAAUCACAAUAAGCCUGCAACUUGGGUCACCGCAAUCUGCGAACAAGGCCUAUGCUGUCUCUGCAGCCCACCCAGGAGAAAAUGAAUGUCAUCCAUGGUUAUCAUUAGAAACCUAGGAAGCUGCCUUAUACCAAAUAAGAGCAUUGUUCCAUCUAGCUCAGGAUUUACGCUCUCCAGGGUUUUAGGUAGGAGAGUCCUGCUUAGCCCUACCUGGAGAUGCCAGAGAUUGAGCCUGGGACUUUAUGCAUGCAAAGCAUGUCUGUGAGCCAUGUCCCUUCCCAAAUGCCAUCAUUACCAUGCCAUUUUCAACAUCUAAGAUGUUUUAGGCUGCAAUCCUAUACACACUUUAACCUGUGUGACUAAUACCUACUGAAUUGAGAGGGGGCUUCAAGAAGCGUAGCUGCAACCUGUCGUUCCUGUUUGCAGAUGGGAAACUGAGAUGGGAAACCUGAGAUCUGUCGAUUGCCCAAAUUCACCCCAGUGAAUCUGUAUGUGUUCAGGCUUGCAGCCUUACCUUCUAGGUCCAAGGCCAGCACUCACUAUUAUUCUGAACCACCGGGAACUAGAACAGACUCGACUGGCCUUGGCCUUGCAGUCAUUCUGGCUCAAACCCGGUAGUUUCUAUUGACAAAAUAAUCUGCUUCAUUUAAGCAUAAAAGAUGAAUGAAAUGUCAAUGUAACCCUGAAGCAGCUCUGGAGUGUGUGGCGAAUCUCUGAGCUUGCUCAACAAGGAGAUUAGAAGAAUGGGGCACAAAUGUAAUUAUUUCCUGGUCACUAACCCCGCCCCCAAUAUUACCCUAUUGCCUCAUUAGCAUCCCAUUGAUUUAUCAGAUUUUCAGGUUCAGCAAGUUCUCUUGAGAGCCACAGGCCCCCUCAGAGCACUUUGAGCUCCUCUGAAAUGAGCCAGCGCAAGUCUUGGGUGGACUUUUAAUUCCCUAGCAUGUGACAUUUCAAAACCUUCUUAAAUGUUUAAUAGUCCUUUGGAAUGCACUUUGCCAAAAAGUCAAUUACUGAACAGAGGACCAAGAUUGUUCUACGGGACUCAGCCGAGCUUUCAUUUGAUUCUUGCCAAGUGUUCAGCAAAACCAUACAGAUGUCGAAGAUAGGCAUAGCAACUCAGCAUAUAGUACAGCGUUCAACAAGGGUGGCAACUUUGCUGAAUCAUUUUCAGGGGGUGGGGUGGAGAGACAUGGCGCUGUCCGGAUGCAUCCGGUCACAUUAGACCAGACACACACCCUGGGCUGGGGCUCUGCUGGACACUUGGUACCUAGCAGAGAUCUCUGGGAUUUGUGUAGACCAGGAGUGGGGGACCUUUGGCUCUCCAGAUGUUGCUGAGCUAAAACUCCCAUCAGCCCCAGUUAGUUCAGUAACCUCUGGAGGGCCAAAGGUGCCCUGGCACAAUCAGUGCUGUUUGCAGAACUUAAGGUCCAGUGGGUUGGAUUCAAGCUAAGUUGAAUUUAGGCCAUGCUUGGAAAUCAGUUAGUCAUGGCUUUAGACCAAGUGAUUUCAAUAUUAACUAAGUUCCAUUUAGCUGGGAUCCAGACCCUUAUUUCCCAUACCAAGCUAUAUCAUUCGUGUGUGUGUGAGAGAGAGAAAGAUUCUUUAUUUUUGUAUAUAAUUUUUAUUAAUUUUCCAAUAAAAACAAAUUUAUAACACAAUUAAACAUUAAGAAUUCAUCACACAUCUUUUUUCUUUUAGGCUUCCAUCAACAUGUCUGAUAAUUUUCCGUAGUUAGAGAAGGAGAAAGUUUCGACCCUUGCGCAGUUUGUUUAGUACUGGAAUCCCUUCAAAUUAUUUUUUGUGGUGGACACAUCGCAAUCUCUGCCUUGUGCAUGUUUUAAUGAUGAUGCAGUUGCUUUAAGCAAAAGUUGUUCAUUGACUUCAGAAUACCGGUUCUAAGGCAUUCCAGUUCUCCCUUGGGAUUUGGCAGUCUGUGACAUCAUAACAGGUCAACCAAUGGCAGCAGAGGAGCACAAGUGGCAGAAACGAAAGAGGACCGAACAGAUCAGUGGAUGAGGAAUGCAGGAUAUUUGGGGGUGGGAAAUACAAAAACAACCAAACAUCAAUUUUCUAUUAUUUGUCACUGUGAGAUACUAUCCACAUGGCCACCCAUUUUGACUUGUGCAUAUUACUUGUCAGGGCUUUUCCCCCCCUAGAAAAAGAGGUGGUGGAACUUGCUGAGCACCCACAUGAGUAGAUUUGAGAGAAGACUGCUCCAACCUAUAUUUGAUCUUUGGAGUCAGAGUUUGAUCCAUACAUGUAAUACAAAGGAGAUGGAGCAGACAUCAUACUCAGCUCAUUUCCCCAGCUCCCUGCCCCUCGUGCCCAAGUAUUAUGGGCCCACGUCAUUCCUCUUAAAAGUUUAAGCUAACCCUGGACUGGAUUACAAGGCUAGUUCAGUUUGGGAUGUACUAAUGAGGAAGAGUGGAAGAGUUAGGGUUUCAAAAGCACAUGUGUCUAUCAGUAGGAGGUACAAGUCAGUGAUCACCCAGCAGGAGUCACUCAGUCCCAGCCAGAAAAGUUGCUCUCCUUUUGUUGUUGUUCCUUGUCUGACAAAGAAGGGCUUUCAUGUUACUCUUUCCAUACCUUUCAUCUAAAAAAAUAUAAGGAAGAUUUAACAUUCAGGUAGGGAAUCCCAAUCUUUGGACAACACCUAUCUCUGAAGUCAUGAGAUGGAAAAGGUUCUUUAUCAAAAGACUAGCUAAUAACUGCCCUUCUCCAAAAUAACACUAUAACUCAGCCUCUGCCAACCUGGUGCCCUCCAUAUGUUUUGGACUACAACUUCCAUCAGCUCUGCUGGCAGGUGCUGAUGGGAUUUGUAGUCCAAAAUAUUUGGCGAGCACCAGGUCAGCAGAGGCUAUUUAGCAGAGAUGUCUGUUGGGAGUGUGUGUGUGACAUGGAUUGCUACUCAGUUGGAUCACAAGCAAGACUCCAAAUUAGUCAACCAAAAGCUUUGCUUUUUUUGUCCAGGCAUUUUGUGAGCCUCCUUAUAUUCAUGUGAAGACAUUGUGUUUUGUCCUUAGGUGUCCUGGGGCUUCCCACCGAAGAGCUGCCUUGGAGAGAAGAAAAAACAGCAAAUUGCAGGCAGACGCGGAGAGCGAGAAUGAGAACAGCAUGAUAGAUCACCCAGGUUCUCAGUCUCCUGACGCAGAGCAUUCUGGGACAGGAACAGCACCAGCAGAGCAGAACAUUACAUCAGCAACUGUCCCUGUGUGGACAGAUGAGUCUGGCCUUGACAACCCUGCCUUUGAGGAGAACACAGGAGCUGACAGUAUGUUCUGUUUCUCUUUUGACAUCCUGUUUGUUCUGCCUGUAUUAAACCUUGAAACGUAGGAAGCCCCCAAGCCAGAUUUAUUCUUGCAUGCAAUCAUUUUCAUGGUCAACUUUUUCCACUUGCUUGUUAUUUUUUAAACCUUUUCUCUCUCAUUCUCACUCUGAAGUAGUUAGGGCUGCAAACCAUGGUUUGAGAAAUACCUUAAUUAACUGGGCUUAAAAAAAAAUCUACCUGGUUAAUCAGGUCACCUUUUUAAGUAAUCAACAAAAAAAUGAAUUGAUAAAUCUAAUCAUAAUCAGCUCACUGAGCUCAGAAUUUUGCCUUAGAAGGGUUCAAAUGCCGUUCAGGAAAGAAAAUUAAGAGAGAUUGAUUGCCAAGCCAAAGGUCCUUCCGGAAUAUGCUGGGAUUUGAACCAACAUCUCUUAAGAGUGUCAUGAUGUUUGAAAUUCAUCCUAGUGUACUGUUUAUGCACACAUGAAUAACUGUACAGUAGUACCUCGGGUUACAGACGCUUCAGGCUACAGAUGAUUCAGGUUACAGACUCCGCUAACCCAGAAAUAGUACCUCGGGUUAAGAACUUUGCUUCAGGAUGAGAACAGAAAUUGUGCUCCGGCGACACGGCAGCAGCGGGAGGCCCCAUUAGCUAAAGUGGUGCUUCAGGUUAAGAGCAGUUUCAGGUUAAGAACGGACCUCCGGAAUGAAUUAAGUUCUUAACCCGAGGUACCACUGUAGUGCUAUUUUGGAAGCAGGGUGAAGUGGGCACCUCAGGCAGCCAGGUGAUUUGGGGUAUCAUAAGAGCAGACCAAAGGCUCAUCUGGCUCAGCAUCCUAUUCUCAGAGUAGCCAACCAGAUGCCGUGGGGAACCCUGCAAGCAGGACCCUCCUGCAGUUUCCAGCCACUGGCAUUCAGAAGUGUACCACCAUAGCUGCCACCAAAGCAGAAUAUACCAUUUGGGUCCCCCCCCCCACCUCAAUGGAGCCUUCUAAAAUUGAUCUGGGUUGAUGGAAAUGCUCUGCAAAGCGGUGCAUAGCUCAGUGCACUGUAUGGCCUUUGCUGUCAGUGCACUGAGUAUUCCAGUAAGCAUUUUCUAGAGCAGGCCUGCCCAGCCAAGACAGACAGACAGAUGCAGAGGUGUAGGGCAUUAUUGGAGGAUGUUAUUAGAGAAUAUAAAACAUUAUCCAAGGAUGCAGACUGAUGCCCAUGCAAAACCAUGGGUCUCCAUUCAGCCUCCUUGCACUUUCCUUUGAAGUAUCCAUGCGAUUUGCCCUCUAUCUAUCACGGUGACCACAGUGGCAACUUGGAGAAAUGCCCUCUGGCACCUACACAAGUUGGUACGUAGCCAUCUGAUUCACCCAGGCUUGCUUACAUAACCCAAGGGUAACCAUAGCACUUACUUUGCACUUUGUUUCCUAGAUUGAGCACCUCACCUUGGGCUUUCAUCCUGCAGUUUAUUUCACUAGAUUGCAUCCGUUCCUCCUGCCCAAGUCACUGCCAGUUCAGCUUUAGCCCAACUGGUUGUAGGAACUUCUUUUACCGCUUCCACCAAGGUCCAUCUUGUCCAGCCUUUCCUAGCCUGGUACCCUCCAGAUGUUGCUUUACUCUGGCUCACAUCUGUCCCAGUCAGCAUGGGGAGUGGCCAGGGAAGGUUGUCCAAACCGCCUGGAGGGGUUGAGAUUGGUAAACACUGGUCCAACAAUCAGCUGCCUUCGGGAGUUGUAGAAGCAGAGCAUUAGACUUCUCUCACUGUCUGUCUACCCCAGCAUGUAGUGGUAUUCAGAAGAAGAGUGCCCCUGAACAUGGAUAAAUUAUUUCAUUAUCAUUCAUUGACUUGGCUUCCAUGACUUUUCCUAAUCCUUUCUUUAAGUCAGGGUUCGGGAACCUAUGGCGUUCCAGGUAUUGUUGGUCUCUUAACACCUAUCAUAUACAGCCAGUGUGGCACAAUGGUCAGGACGAUGGGAGUUGUAGUACAGCAACACAUGGAGGGCCACAGGUUUCCUACCCCUGGUUUAAAACCAUUUGAGCUAGCGAUGCAGCUGACAUUAGGAAGCUUUUCAUUUGGUUUUUUAAAAUGUAUUUAUUCAUGGCAUUUUUCUACUGCCCAUCCCCAGAUUCUUCGAUGUGGUUUAGAAAAGUUAUGAAUCAAUAAAAUAAUGUAUAGAUAUACAUAUUAAAAACAAUACCUAUCUGUAUUAAAACAGUAUCUAUACAGUCAAUGUAAGGCUAUUAGAAACCAGCAUAAAAUCAAUUUAAAACCUACCAGAAAGCAGCGUAAGAGAAAAACAAUUAACGGCACAGAGGUAAAAAAUACAUUAAAAAUACAACUAAAAAGGCUCUCCAUCAUCCAUUUAAGGGUACUGGUGGCUGCUGCUUCUGAAUAAUGAAACCCUAGUGUGAAAAUAUAAAAUCUCUCUUUUAAUGCAGUUAUGGGAAGGAUAGUUUGUAAUUCCUCCCCUCUUAAUGUGCUUCCUCUGAAGCACUGUGUUUUCUGCAGAUAUCAUCAAACAUCUUGUUAAAAUUAGAUUCCCCAUUAUCAACUCUCAGCUAUCGGAUGUUUUUCUACCAAAAGAAAAAAGAAAAAAGAAAACUGAAUAAUACCAGCAUUCACCUGCAGUUACCCUAUGGUAAUGUUUCAGUCUGGAGUUUUAGAGAGGAAGCGAAGUCUUAUCAGAGAGGAAAGGAGUUCUUCCGCUUCCCCUUCCUAGAGUGGCGUGCAAUCUGGUCAGCCACUCAUGAGCAUCCCAUGUUCGUUACAGUUGGUUUCCUGUAUUUGUGCCUCAGGGCCUUUCUGAAUUCAUCCUUCCGCACUUAGGAUGGCACCAGUUACUGCGGUUUCACAGCCAGCCUCCAGGGCAAUUUCACUCAUCUUACUAAAAUCCUGAGGGCCACAUUUGCCCCCGGCUUGAAGCUCUCCACUCCUGUGCUGUGCUGAUCACACCCAUGUCUAGAGGCCCAUCGUAGUGCAGUAAAGCUCCUGGUUUUGUUGUCUGCCUGCAAUUUCAAAAGUAGGUGGGCUGAUGAGAAUGUGGCAGGGCACAAUCCUGUACAUGAAUCUAGUGGGCAGGGCUUAGCCUGCCAGGUGUAAGUUGUGCAAGUUUGGUUUCAGCUGAUCUGCAUUACAAUAUGUCAGGUAUCCUGUUGUUUGUUGCUCACGAGCUUCCUCUGUUGAGGGACAAAAAUGUAUUUAAGCGUCCAUAUUGUUCUCCUUUCCAAUCGGGCAGCAACCCAUCAGCCGCCGAGUUUGCCGGAAGGUGAGAUCACCACCAUAGAAAUCCAUCGGUCCAAUCCUUAUAUCGAGCUGGGAAUUAGCAUAGUGGGUGGCAACGAAACACCUUUGAUCAACAUUGUUAUUCAAGAGGUUUAUCGAGAUGGGAUCAUUGCCAGAGAUGGAAGACUCCUUGCCGGAGAUCAAAUACUGCAAGUACGUAUCUAAUUAUAUAUUCUUCUCAACUUGCGUGUGUCCGGACUGUGCUGUUCUAUAUCAAAGAGAGAAGAGAGAGAGAAAGAGAGAGGGUGUCAUCAUUUCCUGGCAGUCAAUUGGAAUUCUCUAUUCAGGACAAAUGUUAGCAUGGCAGUCUCUGGUUGGGAAACAUUAUUCAGGCAAUGUGAGUUUGCCCUUUCAGCAUUGAUACUGGUGAUUUAUGCGGCUCUUGGGGGUUUCUCAUCCUAUAACUCUUUUCCAUUCUGGUGCAUCUUUCUAAAUGUGGCAGUCAGACUGGAUGUCUUGUCCUUUUGUAAAACGAUGUGCUUAUGUUUCCUUUAGCUUUCCAUGCCCCGAGAGGUUAUUUUUUGAUAAGACGUUAAUGUAAUUUAACUAGCACAGCAGUAUGUAUUACCAGUGCUAUUUUUCUAGAAAAAGAGGUGCCAGAAUGCACCAUGAACGCUUCCCUUGUUCUCUUAUAAUGGCAGUGGUGCCCACCUGAGAGGUACCGGAACUGAGUUUCAGCUGAAAAAAAGCUCUGUGUAUUACUAGUGAUCAUUUCUAUAAAUUCCACACACACACACACACACCCUUAUUGAUCUUAAAAACUGCAAGAAAGAGGUUAGGCUCAAAUCAGGGUAUGUGAAAAUUGUAACUUGGGAGCAUCCAAACCCUUUCAAGUAAGAACUUUCGUGUGUGUGUGUGUGUGUGUGUUUUGUUUUGGGGAGGAGACAUUUUCAAAAUAGAAGAUCUUAGCAAGUAGGACUAGUUGGCUGGUACCCUGAAUGGUGCACUCCACACUCCAACAUUUUGUUGCAUGUCCCACUGACAUGGCCCUAAUUCUUUUCUUUCAGGUCAAUAACUUUGAUAUCAGCAACGUGUCCCACAACCAUGCCAGGGCCAUCCUUUCCCAGCCUUGCACGGCGCUGCACCUGACGGUGCUCCGAGAGAGACGCUUUGGGAGCCGAACUCACAACCACAGUGACAGCCCCCCGCAGCGAGAGGAUAGUUUCCACGUGACCCUGCACAAGCGCGACUCCAACGAGCAACUUGGCAUCAAGCUGGUGCGCAGAACGGACGAGCCUGGGGUUUUCAUCCUUGACCUUUUGGAAGGCGGCUUGGCUGCUCAGGACGGCCGGCUCUGUAGCAACGACAAAGUGUUGGCUAUCAAUGGGCACGACCUGAAGCAUGGCACCCCAGAACUGGCUGCUCAGAUUAUCCAGGUAAAUUUCAGCUGAAUCUUGCAGGGUGAGAAAGCAGUCACAACGGUCUGCUAGUUACCAAGGAUGCUGAUGUUGCAAAUUUUAAGGGAAACCUAGCGAGAUAAGAGUAUAAACCAGAAUGAGGAACCUGUGGCGUGUUGGACUCCAACUCUCAUCAUUCCUGACUGUUGGCCAUGCUGGCUGGGACUGAUGGGAGUUGGAGUCCAACAACAUCUGGAAGUCCACAGGUUUUCCAUCCCUGGAUUGGAAAAAUGUCAUAUCUGAUGCUCAUACCGCUAAACCAGACAUGUCCAACGCGUCGAUGGAUUCUGGUCGGUCACGACCAAGGCCUCGUCGUCUCCACCUGCUGCCCUCUCCCAUGGCCACCAGGCACCCUCAAUGCGUGCUCGGCUGCAGCCGGAGCAACUCCUCAGGUGGUAUGGCCCAUUGAGGUUCUGCUUAGCUAGGCUUGCUCACCACUGCUGCAGCAAGUGCUCUGGCUGGUGCUAGUGCCGCCUCUGCCUCACAGCCAACUCCCACACCCCGCUAAAGCCACUGGCUUUGCCUGAUGCCCAGCCAGCUGGCCGGCCCUGGAAAGGCACAAGGCAUCUGCCUCCGCCCCCUACAAUCCGCAGCCGUGGGGCAGGGAGGUGAAGAUGAGGCGCAUGGGCUCUACAUGGGCUGCAGCGCUGUGGCGGGGGCUGCGGGAAGGGUGAGAGAGAGACAAUGAUGUCCUUCCUCCUUCUCUCCCCUCCCGCCGGUUCCCGUAGAAAGAAAAUGUUCCCUCUCUCCUAGUUCUACAUGGAUGCUGAACUUUCCCCACCAGCUCUUCAUCUGGUAAAGGGGGAAUUGGAGAUUUGGGGGCGUGUUGGCUUCCCACAUGCACCAAGGGCCCUAGGAGGGGGCUGUUGUGGGGGUAAUAAUUUGUUAUUAUUUUUAUCAUCAUCCUAAUUUAUUAUUUAUACCCCGCCCAUCUGGCUGGGCACCCCCAGCCAAAUAUAAUAUUUUUAAGUUGAAGAAUGACAAUGGGAGAGUGUGGUAGAUUACUGCCAGUUUUUGAUACUCAAUAGCAGAGCCUGCUGGAAAUUGGACAUGACUGUGCUAAACCAGCUUGUUAGCAUGGAGUCUCCUUGGACUCUUACUUGUGCAAUGAAGGCUGUUUUCCAUAUUAAAAUGAUAUGGUUGGUUUCCCUAACGCAAGGAGUUGUUUUGUUUCACUAAAGGGAGGAAAGCAUGGGUUUGUUCACACACUCUUAGGCUGUGUAUAGAAAUCAGCUUUUAAUACUACAUGAACCAGUGCUUUGACUGGGUGUCAUGUAUCUUAAUAACAGGAAACGUUCUCAACUGGCAAGACUUCUGCCAGGGACGCUGGAGAGCUGCUGGCAAUGAGAUUAGAUACUGCCAGUCUGGCUGAACCAAUGAUCAGACUUGGUGCAAAGCAGGUUUUUAGGUCUCUUUUAAAACCAACGUAGAAUGAUGUACCCUGUUCAGUUCUUUUGAUCAACACUGAUCAACAUUUACAGCUCAGGGAGAGAUCACCAGCUAGGCUGGAGCCUUCUGAUGAUAUUCUGCAUCCACAGAGCUUGAACUGGAACGAUUGAGCCCUGUAAAUGGGAAUCCCCACCAAAAAUGCAAAAUGGGAGGUCACCCUGAGGACCCCUGUGUUACUGCACUGGCAUUUGAGACACCCUCUUGCUUUGUGAAUGGGUGCAUGGGAAGAGACUGGGAUCAGGAAGGAGAAGAGGGGGAGCAGGUAGUUAAAAGGGGAAUUUUUAAAAUACUCGUUUCAAAGGAGAUGCCAACCUUUCAAAAAAAAAGGGGGGGUAUUACUUCAAGCAAACUACUAGGCAACCCAUAUUCAUCCGUCCCAGCUCAUCUCCUCGAUCACUGUGUCUCUCACACACGCAUGACCAUCUCAGUUUCCACAGGAAAGCAACCUUUAACAGGACAUCUUGUGGUGUACUAGAGAAACAGCAUUGUUUUCCCGCUUUUAGGGAAACUGCUAUGGCAUCCUGGAGCAUAACAUCACAGACCUGCAACUGUAAUAAAUCACUGUUCCAAAAUACUGAAAAUUGUUCAGGAAUGGGUUUCUGUGCAGAAUGGCUGCUGAGUGCAGUGGCAGAUUUAUAGGCAUGAACUGAGUUUAAGCCUCUUAGGUUGCAUCAUCAUACUUUGAUUGAGUAGAACGUUACCUGCAUAUUUGCCACCUCAGCCAGCCAGUUGGCAAGAUCUUUUGUCUUUGCCUCUUUUUUAAAUGAAACAAAACAGCCCAUCAGAAGUUCCUAGUUUAAAAUUCUAAUUAAAAAAAAUAUUAUUAACUAGUUCACUUUUAUGCAUUUAGCUCCGUCAUAUUUUUGGACAUGGUCACAUUUAUGUAGGUGAACAAACAGGGCCCUCCAAAAGGGUUGUGUGCACAGGGCCUAGUUCAGUUCUGGUACUCAGAAGAGAUUCCUGGGCGCAGAAUUCUUCCAUUCUAUACCUUUUGCAUCAGGCUGCAGUUGGUGGCUAGUUGGCUUGUGAGAAAAAGCAGAAAUCUCCCCCGCUAUCACCCUGCGUCAUGCAUAGUCCAUUUUAUUUUAGGGCUGUCUGGCUGUGGUGCUGGCAAUAAUUCUGAUUUCUUCCCAACUGCCCUUCCUGUUCCUUUUUUUUGUUCCCCACAGGCCAGUGGCGAGAGGGUGAGCCUAGCCAUUUCCAGGCCUGCCAAGUCACAGAUCGUGAGCAUUGUCAGAGAUGGAGGGAUUCACCCCAUCAGCCAACACCAAUCUCAUUCGCUGUAUCACAGUAACAGGCCCAGCCCACAUAAGGUAAGCUGGAGGGCGGUGGGGCUUGCUGACCACUGAAAGUAGUGCCUAGUCAUUACUAGAAAAGUUGUGGCAAGCAGUUUCAUAGGGGGGUCAUGAAUUGCUGGAGGGAGGGUGGAAAAAAUUGAACUGCCCUGAAAUUUACGGGUAUACGGCGGUAUACAAAUUUAAUAAAUAAUGAUAGUAACGUCUGCUCCAGUGGGUAGUGUGGCUCUUCCUAUGAGUGGUUGAAUGGCACCUAUCAAUAUCAGUGUCAGAGGCAGUAUUUUAUCUUAUUUAUUAAAUUUAUAUCCCACUUGCUGUCAGGUGGCAGAGGAACCAACCCCCACUGCAGGUUGCUAGGAACGGAUAAGGAAAAGUCCUUACCAUCUGCGUUUUAUUCAAUAUUUACAGAGAGAGGCUUGAGAAUGCAGCCUCUUAGAAUAAUGGCAUCCCAAGUAAAUCUCCACCCCCCUUUUCUUCCUCAUUCCUCAACAGCACAAACACACCCUUACGGUUGGCACUUAGAGGUCAUCUUUGCUCUCCUACUUUGAAGGCUCGCUGAGUUCUGGGAGAUGGAGAGCCUGGAAUGCUUUCUAGUGACAAUGUGUCAGCCAGCUGCUGCUCUGGCUCUGCCUGCUCCUCCUCUCCUGUUAUUUCCCAACUUUCCCCCUCAUCUUCCUCUGAGCUGUGACCUCCCUCAAACCCCCAUUGUAAUUCUGAACUGUCUUCCUCUUCUCUGGAAGGGUCAGGCUGGGGAGGCGGUCUCCACCAUUCUUCCUCUGCCCAGUCCCUGACACUUGCAGGCAUCCUGUUGGCCACUGUAUGAACAGGAUGCUGGAAGAGAUGAUGGACCUCUGGCCUGAUCCAACAGGUGGCUCUUGCCUCCCUAUGUUCUUCUUAUGUUCUCGUGUUCUUCUUAUGUUCUCCUGUGGUCCUUUGUUCUAUGAAAAAUUGGUACUCUUCGCAAAUCAGAGUGAGCAACACCUGAGCAUAUAAUUUCAACAGCUGGCACUAGUUGUGAGUCUUUGAUGCUGAACACUUCCACACCUCCAAAAGAUAACUGUCCUAAACAGCCCCCCCCCAAGGGUGGAGUGAUGCUUGGCUAUUGUGCAACCACCCAGCAUGGUACAGUGGUACCUCGCAAGACGAAUGCCUCGCAAGACGAAAAACUCGCAAGACGAAAGAGUUUUUCGUUUUUUGAGUUGCUUCGCAAGACAAAUUUCCCUAUGGGCUUGCUUCGCAAGACGAAAACGUCUUGCGAGUUUGUUUCCUUUUUCUUAAAACCGUUAAUACCGUUAAAACCGUGCUUCGCAAGACGAAAAAUUCGCAAGACGAAAAAACUCACAGAAUGAAUUAAUUUCGUCUUGCGAGGCACCACUGUAUCUAGAGGCAGACAACAAGGUACAGUAACAUUUUGCAUUUCCCGGGAAGUUUAUGGAGGUGCUCCAGAUCUCAGCUCUUCUUCUGUUUUUUUGCUAGGGCAGGAUGGGUGGAAUAAAUACCACAUCUUUAUAAAAGGCUAAAUAUGGAUUUCAGAUUCAACCUGACUUUAAUGGACGGUAUUUGACUUUUUGCAGGACCUUUCCCAAUGCGUUACUUGCCAAGAGAAGCAUAUCACGGUGAAGAAAGAGCCCCACGAGUCCCUUGGCAUGACAGUAGCAGGAGGCCGAGGAAGCAAGAGUGGGGAGUUGCCAAUAUUCGUCACGAGCGUGCAACCUCAAGGCUGCUUGGCAAGAGACGGCAGGAUCAAAAGAGGUGGGACUAGAAUGGGCUCCUCAGGCAGCGUGUUGCGCUGUUCCCAAUUAGCCAAAGUGCAAAGCUCCCCACAACCCCCACUGAAAUGAAUGGGGGGUGCCAUUUCUCUUGCAAACCUCCCAUUGGUUUCAUUGGGAAGUUCGUAGUUUCUGUGCAGAGAUCUUACGGGGGUAACAACUGUUCCUGUAAUCAUUACAAAUAACGUCCAUUGUAUAGGCAAGUUACAAUAGAAGAGUCCAAGCUAGAUUUCACAUUGAAUAUGUGUUCCAGUAUCUGAAGUAUAUUCCUUCCUGCCAGGGAUGAAUGAGAUUGUAGGCUAGCCCCAUCAUCCUUUCUGAGCAUCAGUUUUAAUGCUUGAGGUGUAUAAAUGAUUUUUGGGAAGCACUUUUCUCAGCUAGCCCUUUUUAUUUCCCCCCUUUCCUAAAUAAUAAUAAUAAUAAUAAUAAUAAUAAUAAUAAUUUAUUAUUUAUACCCCGCCCAUCUGGCUGUGCUUCCCCAGGCACUCUGGGCGGCUUCCAACAAAAUAUUAAAAUAUCGUAAUACAUCAAACAUUAAAAGCUUCCCUAAAGAGGGCUGCCUUCAGAUGUCUUCUAAAAGUCUGGUAGUUGUGCUUCUCUUUGACUUCUGGUGGGAGGGCGUUCCACAGGGCGGGCGCCACUACCGAGAAGGCCCUCUGCCUGGUUCCCUGUAACUUGGCUUCUCACAGCGAGGGAACCACCAGAAGGCCUUCGGCGCUGGACCUCAGUGUCCGGGUUGAAUGAUGGGGGUGGAGACGCUCCUUCAAAUGAGUUCUGCAUGUCUCUAAAGCAGAGAGACACAUUUUUUACUGUUUAUAUUGGGGAGGGCAGAAGGAAGAACUUUGGGGCUUCUCCCACCCCACCCUGAAAGCACACUAUGAAGGGCUUGAAUGUAUCGCACAACGUGCAUAAUAUUCACUCCUUUUUCUGGAUCUGUUAGCCACGGGUAAAGAGCAAGAAGUUGUUCAUGACUUAGGAGAUGCAUCCUCUGUUUAUCGCAGAGCCAGCAACACUGCAACAUAACCAUAAACGCCGUGCAUCUUGUGUCACUGUUGUAAAAAUCUAUUGGCAGCUGACAAGCAGCCUAGCAGGUUGGACUUGCAUCACACAGGACCUACUAGCCUCAUUAGGAUUGGAUUAGAAACAAGCCAAGAUGUUUCCCCUUCCCAAAAUGCAGAUAACUCUGCUUAUUUCCAAGCCAACCCAAUUAGGCCUUCGAGAGCCUCUGAACCCCCUCUCUUCCCCCUUCAGUCUUGCACUGCAUCCCUUCCACCUCGCUUACCUGGCUGCUAUUGAUGCUUCAGCAAUGGCUGCAAGUGGGAGGCAGGAAAGGAGGGAGGUCUCCCCCAUCAAACCAUCUGGUGCCUGGUGUGCAACAUUCUGGCCUGCAAACAUGCCCCUGAGAUAUGUCGUUUUCCCAAAGACUGCUGACUUUGCAGUCCAGAAGUGGACGUCACUAUGCCAGAUGCUUCUGUUCCAACCUGGGUUUGGACCACCUUGCGUACCAUCACAGGUGCACGUGCCUGUAGGGUCCAGGUGCGAGUGAGGAGCAGAAAACAACAAGCUAUGCAUUUGCACAGGAAAGCCACAGGUUUCUGGACCAACUAAUGGCUUCUGUUUUCUUUUUUCCACCAGGCGAUGUGCUGAUGAAUAUUAACGGCAUUGAUCUGACCAACCUAAGCCACAGUGAGGCAGUGGCCAUGCUGAAAGCCAGUGCUGCCUCUUCCGUCGUUGCCCUCAAAGCUUUGGAGGUCCAGAUCGCUGAAGAACAGCCCCAGGCCAAUGAUGAGCAGCCCAGCACCAUCAGUGAGAACGAAUAUGAUGCAAGUUGGUCCCCAUCAUGGGUUAUGUGGCUGGGGCUUCCCAGGUACUGCUGGACAAUCAGACAACCUUACUUUGACUUGUGGUCUUCUGCACUGCUGGCAUUCUUGUUUGGCCAGGCCUCUGGAAUAGCCUUUAGGCCACCUGAUUAAUAUUUCUUAGUUAACAAAAUCAGUGUACCACCCAUUUGUGAGUGCAGAUCUCUUCUAUGUCUUGGUCUGGCUUUGCAUCUAGUGUGCCAUAUUGCAGAAUGCAGAGUAGCACUGCACAAGAGAAGCAGACCUCUCUGUGACUGUUGGAAAGGGAGGCCCACAGCAUCCAACUGCAGUGUCCUCACCCUAACGGGGAAAUGCAUCCCCAAAAUGAGCAGCAGAGAGAACGUUGAUUAGCAUAACAUUUUAUGCAUAUUCUAAUUUAUGGGCAAUAUUCAAAAAUUAUAUUUGGAGCAGACCUGUUGAAAUUAAUGGACCUAACUUACUCGGGUUCAUUAAUUUCUGUGGGUGUACUCUGAAUAAAACUAAGCUGACUACCACCCUAUGAGAGGGAUUCACCUAACAUGUCCCAUCAAUGGAAACCCUUUGCUUGUGCAAUGGGGCUUUCCCCCUCUACUCUCUUCUCAUGCCCCCUGAAAUUGGCUGUAGGGAUUUGGAAGAGCCCCCAGAACAGCACAGGAAAGGAGGGGGGAGGAUUGUUCUGUCGGGCAAGCAGCAAUGAUUGUGCAAAUGGAACAUUAAUCAAAGUGUGAUGUUGAAUUCUACCUGUUAUGUGUAGAUUAGAAUAGAUUAUUAGGGUAGAUUACUGCAACACAUUAUAGAUGGGGCUGCCUCUGAAGAUAGUUCAGAAACUUCCACUGGUGCAGAAUUCAGUGGCCAGGUUGCUCACUGGGGUAGGACAGUUUUGAGUAUAUAAUGCCAAUCCUGGCUUGACUGCAUUGGCUGCCAAUUCGUUUCCAGGCCUAAUUCAAAGUGCUGGUUUUUGACCUAUAAAGCCUCAAACAGCUCAGGACCCCAACACCUCAAGAACUGCCUCUCCCUGUAUGAACUGACCCGGACCCUGGGAUGAUGUUGAAGCCCUUCUGUGUGCGCCUCCUCCACGGGAAGCCUGGAGGGCAGCAAGUUGAGAACGGGCCUUUUCUGCAAUGGCUCCCUGCUUGUGGGAAGCUCUCCCCAGGUGGCACCUUUGUUAAAUCAUAGAAUCAUAGAAUCAUAGAGUUGGAAGAGACCACAAGGGCCAUUGAGUCCAACCCCCAGCCAAGCAGGAAACACCAUCAGAGCACUCCUGACAUAUGGUUGUCAAGCCUCUGCUUAAAGACCUCCAAAGAAGGAGACUCCACCACACUCCUUGGCAGCAAAUUCCACUGUCGAACAGCUCUUACUGUCAGGAAGUUCUUCCUAAUGUUUAGGUGGAAUCUUUAGACACCAGGCAAAACAAUUCCUCUUCACCCAAGCCUUUUGCUAAUUAAACAAUUAAUGACCUUUUAAACUGUGCAUGGAAGGGGGUAUAAUUGUUGUUUGUUACUAUGUUAUGUGUUUUUGCAUUUUCAUAUUGUAAAUUGCCCUGUGAUCCUCACAUGAAGGGUGGUAUAGAAAUUUUAUAAUAAUAUUAUUUUCACAGCUGCCUGCAUAGUUGCCAUGAUGUGGUGCUACGGAGGAGCAAUUUAGCAAGCUGGGGCUUUAGCAUUGUCGGCGGCUAUGAGGAAAAUCACACAAAUCAGCCUUUCUUCAUAAAAACAAUUGUCCUGGGAACACCAGCGUAUUUCGACGGAAGACUCAAGUAAGCUGUUCUGGUUCUUUCUUUUUAUGUGUAUCUGAAACAAGGAAGGACAAUAGCUAGCGCUUGUAUGUGAUUCUGCAAAUUCUUUGUGACAUUCUAUAGUAUGUUUAAAUUGUGUGCUCUAAACGUAUUCCCCUGUAAAUUUAUAAUGUGGUCAUACUGAGCUUAUUUGCAUGUCCAUUCUUUUUUUUUUUUUUGUACACAACAUAGUCACCUUUCAAAAUUGAUAGUUUUUUAAAAAAUGAAAAAGCUUAUCCACCAAGGUUAGGGUUGAUUUCAAGUAAACUAGCUGGAAAUAACAACCUUGUGAGUGAAGGUAAGCCAGGAACCUUGUCUUAAUAAACCAUAGCGUGCAGAAGCUGUGAACUAGCACACAGCACCCAAUCGUUCUUUAGAGCAGUUGUUUUCUCUUAGGCAAAUGUAUAGAGAUUUAAGCCAUAGAAUUAAUCCGUCACAGCGCAUUCCUGUGUGUGCCUGUUCAGUAGUACAUCCCAGGGUUGUGAAUGAUCCCAGGGUUAGGCUACCGCAACUUUGUCAUGUUACUAGCCCUCACUAGCUUCUAUCUCUGUCUUUUAGAUGCGGUGAUAUGAUUGUUGCGGUCAACGGACUUUCAACCGUGGGCAUGAGCCACUCAGCACUGGUUCCUAUGCUGAAGGAACAGAGGAACAAAGUAACAUUGACAGUUAUCUGCUGGCCAGGAAGUCUUGUAUAGACUUGCAAAAAAAAGGAAAACAAAAGGAAAACAAACACCACUUUGAUUCAAGCAGCUUAAUUUUUCUAGAUGGCUGGUUCAAAAUCUUCAAGCUGUGUUUUCUCUCCCCCCUCCCUUUCUACUACUUAUGCAGCUGGUAAUAAGCUGGGCCAAAAACUGCUACAUUCAUACCUUGCGGGGGAGCUAGGGAUGGGAAAGGAAGACUCUCAACCUCACUGUGUGUCUCUUUCCAUCUCGAAACCACCAUUUCUGCCAUGUUUGUUGUGUUUUUGCUUUGUUUUUCCACAAGUUGUCCCAUCUAAGCAUCCACGUG